AUGGGGGGUGACAUAGUGGUUCCAUGGAGCACCCCUGGCCCCGUCCCCCCUCCGGAGGGAGAGACAGACACUAUGUCCAACGCACAGAGGAGCACGCUCAAGUGGGAGAAGGAGGAGACUCUGGGCGAGAUGGCCACUGUGGCCCCAGUCCUUUACACCAACGUCAACUUCCCCAACCUCCUAGAGGAGUUCCCAGGUCGGUACAGAAUUUUUGGUUCUUUAAAAUUCUAAAGUGUGAAUUAUUUUUUUAAUUAUUAAAAAUAAAAUAGCUCAGAAGUUGUCACACCCAUUAAAAGGUUGAAUAUUGGGAAAACGAGUCUGGAAAAGGUACUCUACUUGGCCUUAUUGCAUGUGUGUCCUAGAGCUAUACGUUUUAGCUCGUCUUUUUUCUAUACAGACUGGGCUAUGAGAGUGAAACAGAUCGCAAAAUUAUGGAGGAAAGCCAGUUCCCAGGACAGGGCCCCAUAUGUGGUAAGUUUGUUUACGUCCAUGCUGGGCCAUGAUGCACUGCACUUAUUUUAAUCAGCAGUUGGUUUUCCUGAUUGCUGAAGAGACGUUUGUAUAAACCUCUAGACAAAAUCCAUACAUUGAAGUAGUAUUGAAGAAAUAAGGCAAAUCUUUUCCAAAACUUCCAACGAAAACAGAGCCCUAGUCCCAAUCAAAAAUUAUUUAUUUCUACUUCACCAGAACAACAUUGUUAUUGACUUAAUCCACAAACCUGAUUUGAGAUUUUGAUUGAAUGGGGCCCUAUACUUAUUGGACUGAUGAAUGAAAGGAAAGCAGCCAAUCACUGACGAAAUGUUCAAGUUUGAACUAACUUGUAAGCUCGAGGCCAUUAGGGAGAAGGACGGUAUUUGUUUUCUGAUGGCAUUAUAAUCCCAAGAGCUCUCUCUCUCUCUCUCUCUGUCCCUUCUCUCAUCUUCGUUCUGUUUAAAUGUUGUGUCUUGUAAGUUUUCCAACUUUACAGAUAGUCAUUUGAGGGGUUUUCAGGACAGUUAGAUUUUCUCCAUGAUGACAUUACAUUCAACAAUACUCUGCAUGUCAAUUUAUUGGGGGGAAUGAGAUGGUUUCUUUACCUUGUAUUUUUCCCCCAAGACAUUCAGAAAAAAAUUAAAUAAUAAUUAUUAUAUAUAUAUAUAUAUAUAUAUAUAUAUAUAUAUACUACCGGUCAAAAGUUUUAGAACUCCUACUCAUUCAAGGGAUUUUCAUUUAUUUUUACUAUUUUCUACAUUGUAGAAUAAUAGUGAAGACAUCAAAACUAUGAAAUAACACAUAUGGCAUCAUGUAGUAACCAAAAAAGUGUUAAACAAAUCAAAAUAUAUUUUAUAUUUGAGAUUCUUCAAAUAGCCACCCUUUGCCUUGAUGACAGCUUUGCACACUCUUGGCAUUCUCUCAACCAGCUUCACCUGGAAUGCUUUUCCAACAGUCUUGAAGGAGUUCCCACAUAUGCUGAGCACUUGUUGGCUGCUUUUCCUUCACUCUGCGGUCCAACUCAUCCCAAACCAUCUCAAUUGGGUUGAGGUCGGGGGAUUGUGGAGGCCAGGUCAUCUGAUGCAGCACUCCAUCACUGUCCUUCUUGGUCAAAUAGCCCUUACACAGCCUGGAGGUGUGUUGUGUUAUUUGAAAAACAAAUGAUAGUCCCACUAAGCGCAAACCAGAUUGGAUGGCGUAUCGCUGCAGAAUGCUGUGGUAGCCAUGCUGGUUAAGUGUGCCUUGAAUUCUAAAUACAUCACCGACAGUGUCACCAGCAAAGCACCAUCACACCUCCUCCUCCACGGUGGGAACCACACAUGCAGAGAUAAUCCGUUCAUCUACUCUGGUCCUCUGUAGCUCAGCUGGUAGAGCACGGCGCUUGUAACGCCAGGGUAGUGGGUUCGAUCCCCGGGACCACCCAUACGUAUAAAAUGUAUGCACACAUGACUGUAAGUCGCUUUGGAUAAAAGCGUCUGCUAAAUGGCAUAUUAUUAUUAUAUUAUUACAAAGACACGGCAUUUGGAACCAAUAAUCUCACAUUUGGACUCACCAGACCAAGGACAGAUUUCCACCGGUCUAAUGUCCAUUGCUCGUGUUUCUUGGCCCAGGCAAGUCUCUUCUUCUUAUUUGUGUCCUUUAGUAGUGGUUUCUUUGCAGCAAUUUCACCAUGAAGGCCUGAUUCAUGCAGUCUCCUCUGAACAGUUGAUGUUGAGAUGUGUCUGUUACUUGAACUCUGUGAAGCAUUUAUUUGGGCUGCAAUCUGAGGUGCAGUUAACUCUAAUGAACUUAUCAUCUGCAGCAGAGGUAGCUCUGGGUCUUCCAUUCCUGUGGCGGUCCUCAUGAGAGCCAAUUUCAUCAUAGCGCUUGAUGGGUUUUGCGACUGCACAUGAAGAAAUUAUCAAAGUUCUUGAAAUGUUCUGUAUUGACUGACCUUCAUGUCUUAAAGUAAUGAUGGACUGUCGUUUCUCUUUGCUUAUUUGAGCUGUUCUUGCCAUAAUAUGGACUUGGUCUUUUACCAAAUAGGGCUAUCCUCUGUAAACCCCCCCUACCUUGUGAAAACACAACUGAUUGGCUCAAACGCAUUAAGAAGGAAAGAAAUUCCCCCAAAUUAGCUUUUAAGAAGGCACACCUGUUAAUUGAAAUGCAUUCCAGGUGACUACCUCAUGAAGCUGGUUGACAGAAUGCCAAUUGUGUGCAAAGCUGUCAUCAAGGCAAAGGGUGGCUACUUUGAAGAAUCUCAAAUAUAAAAUAUGUUUAGAUUUGUUUAACACUUUUUUGGUUACUACAUGAUUCCAUAUGUGUUAUUUCAUAGUUUAGAUGUCUUCACUAUUAUUCUACAAUGUAGAAAAUAGUAAAAAAUUAAGAAAAACCCUGGAAUGAGUAGGUGUCCAAGCUUUUGACUGGUACUGUGUGUGUGUAUAUGUGUGUGUGUGUGUGUGUGUAUAUAUAUAUAUGUUUGUGUAUAUACAGUGGGGAGAACAAGUAUUUGAUACACUGCCGAUUUUGCAGCUUUUCCUACUUACAAAAAAUGUAGAGGUCUGUACUUUUUAUCAUAGGUACACUUCAACUGUGAGAGACGGAAUCUAAAACAAAAAUCCAGAAAAUCACAUUGUAUGAUUUUUAAGUAAUUCAUUUGCAUUUUAUUGCAUGACAUAAGUAUUUGAUCACCUACCAACCAGUAAGAAUUCCGGCUCUCACAGACCUGUUAGUUUUUCUUUAAGAAGCCCUCCUGUUCUCCACUCAUUACCUGUAUUAACUGCACCUGUUUGAACUCGUUACCUGUAUAAAAGACACCUGUCCACACACUCAAUCAAACAGACUCCAACCUCUCCACAAUGGCCAAGACCAGAGAGCUGUGUAAGGACAUCAGGGAUAAAAUUGUAGACCUGCACAAGGCUGGGAUGGGCUACAGGACAAUAGGCAAGCAACUUGGUGAGAAGGCAACAACUGUUGGCGCAAUUAUUAGAAAAUGGAAGAAGGUCAAGAUGAUGGUCAAUCACCCUCGGUCUGGGGCUCCACUCCAUGCAAGAUCUUACCUCGUGGGGCAUCAAUGAUCAUGAGGAAGGUGAGGGAUCAGCCCAGAACUACACGGCAGGACCUGGUCAAUGACCUGAAGAGAGCUAGGACCACAGUCUCAAAGAAAACCAUUCGUAAAACACACUACGCCGUCAUGGAUUAAAAUCCUGCAGCGCACGCAAGGUCCCCCUGCUCAAGCCAGCGCAUGUCCAGGCCCGUCUGAAGUUUGCCAAUGACCAUCUGGAUGAUCCAGAGGAGGAAUGGGAGAAGGUCAUGUGGUCUGAUGAGACAAAAAUAGAGCUUUUUGGUCUAAACUCCACUCGCCGUGUUUGGAGGAAGAAGAAGGAUGAGUACAACCCCAAGAACACCAUCCCAACUGUGAAGCAUGGAGGUGGAAACAACAUUCUUUGGGGAUGCUUUUCUGCAAAGGGGACAGGACGACUGCACCAUAUUGAGGGGAGGAUGGAUGGGGCCAUGUAUCGCGAGAUCUUGGCCAACAACCACCUUCCCUCAGUAAGAGCAUUGAAGAUAGGUCGUGGCUUGGUCUUCCAGCAUGUCAAUGACCCGAAACACACAGCUAGGGCAACUAAGGAGUGGCUCCGUAAGAAGCAUCUCAAGGUCCUAGAGUGGCCUAGCCAGUCUCCAGACCUGAACCCAAUAGAAAAUCUUUAGAGGGAGCUGAAAGUCCGUAUUGCCCAGCGACAGCCCCGAAACCUGAAGGAUCUGGAGAAGGUAUGGAGGAGUGGGCCAAAAUCCCUGCUGCAGUGUGUGCAAACCUGGUCAAGACCUACAGGAAACUUAUGAUCUCUGUAAUUGCAAACAAAGGUUUCUGUACCAAAUAUUAAGUUCUGCUUUUCUGAUGUAUCAAAUACGUAUGUCAUGCAAUGAAAUGCAAAUUAAUUACUUAAAAAUCAUACAAUGUGAUUUUCUGGAUUUUUGUUUUAGAUUCUGUCUCUCACAGUUGAAGUGUACCUAUGAUAAAAAUGACAGACCUCUACAUGCUUUGUAAGUAGGAAAACCUGCAAAAUCGGCAGUGUAUCAAAUACUUGUUCUCCCCACUGUAUAUAGGCGUGUAUGUAUGUAUGUGUGUGUGUGUGUGUGUAUAUAUAUAUAUAAAUAAAGGGAACACUAAAAUAACACAUCCUAGAUCUGAAUGAAUGAAAUAAUCUUAUUAAAUACUUUUUUCUUUACAUAGUUGAAUGUGCUGACAACAAAAUCACACAAAAAUUAUCAAUGGAAAUCAAAUUUAUCAACCCAUGGAGGUCUGGAUUUGGAGUCACCCUCAAAAUUAAAUUAAAGUGGAAAACCACACUACAGGCUGAUCCAACUUUGAUGUAAUGUCCUUAAAACAAGUCAAAAUUAGGCUCAGUAGUGUGUGUGGCCUCCACAAGGCUGUAUGACCUCCCUACAACGCCUGGGCAUGCUCCUGAUGAGGUGGCGGAUGGUCUCCUGAGGGAUCUCCUCCCAGACCUGGACUAAAGCAUCCGCCAACUCCUGGACAGUCUGUGGUGCAAUGUGGCGUUGGUGGAUGGAGCGAGACAUGAUGUCCCAGAUGUGCUCAAUUGGAUUCAGGUCUGGGGAACGGGCAGGCCAGUCCAUAGCAUCAAUGCCUUCCUCUUGCAGGAACUGUUGACACACUCCAGCCACGAGGUCUAACAUUGUCUUGCAUUAGGAGGAACCCAGGGCCAACCGCACCAGCAUAUGGUCUCACAAGGGGUCUGAGGAUCUCAUCUCGGUACCUAAAGGCAGUCAGGCUACCUCUGGCGAGCACAUGGAGGGCUGUGCGGCCCCCCAAAGAAAUGCCACCCCACACCAUGACUGACCCACCGCCAAACCGGUCAUGCUGGAGGAUGUUGCAGGCAGCAGAACGUUCUCCACGGCGUCUCCAGACUCUGUCACGUCUGUCACAUGUGCUCAGUGUGAACCUGCUUUCAUCUGUGAAGAGCACAGGGCGCCAGUGGCGAAUUUGCCAAUCUUGGUGUUCUCUGGCAAAUGCCAAACGUCCUGCACAGUGUUGGGCUGUAAGCGCAACCCCCACCUGUGGACGUCGGGCCCUCAUACCACCCUCAUUGAGUUUGUUUCUGACCGUUUGAGCAGACACAUGCACAUUUGUGGCCUGCUGGAGGUCAUUUUGCAGGGCUCUGGCAGUGCUCCUCCUGCUCCUCCUUGCACAAAGGCGGAGGUAGCAGUCCUGCUGCUGGGUUGUUGCCCUCCUACGGCCUCCUCCACGUCUCCUGAUGUACUGGCCUGUCUCCUGGUAGCGCCUCCAUGCUCUGGACACUACGCUGACAGGCACAGCAAACCUUCUUGCCACUGCUCGCAUUGAUGUGCCAUCCUGGAUGAGCUGCACUACCUGAGCCACUUGUGUGGGUUGUAGACUCCGUCUCAUGCUACCACUAGAGUGAAAGCACCGCCAGCAUUCAAAAGUGACCAAAACAUCAGCCAGGAAGCAUAGGAACUGAGAACUGGUUUGUGGUCACCACAUGCAAAACCAGUCCUUUAUUGGGGGUGUCUUGCUAAUUGCCUAUAAUUUCCACCUGUUGUCUAUUCCAUUUGCACAACAGCAUGUGACAUUUAUUGUCAGUCAGUGUUGCUUCCUAAGUGGACAGUUUGAUUUCACAGAAGUGUGAUUGACUUGGAGUUACAUUGUGUUGUUUAAGUGUUCCCUUUAUUUUUUUGAGCAGUGUGUGUAUGUAUAUAUAUAUGUAUAUAUAUACACAUACCGUGGGGAGAACAAGUAUUUGAUACACUGCUGAUUUUGAAGGUUUUCCUACUUUCAAAGCAUAUAGAGGUAUGUAAUUUUUAUCAUAGGUACACUUCAACUGUGAGAGACGGAAUCUAAAACAAAAAUCCAGAAAAUCACAUUGUUUAAUUUGCAUUUUAUUGCAUGAUAUAAGUAUUUGAUACAUCAGAAAAGCAGAACUUAAUAUUUGGUACAGAAACCUUUGUUUGCAAUUACAGAGAUCAUACGUUUCCUGUAGGUCUUGACCAGGUUUGCACACACUGCAGCAGGGAUUUUGGCCCACUCCUCCAUACAGACCUUCUCCAGAUCCUUCAGGUUUCGGGGCUGUCGCUGGGCAAUACAGACUUUCAGCUCCCUCCAAAGAUGUUCUAUUGGGUUCAGGUCUGGAGACUGGCUAGGCCACUCCAGGACCUUGAGAUGCUUCUUACGGAGCCACGCCUUAGUUGCCCUGGCUGUGUGUUUCGGGUCGUUGUCAUGCUGGAAGACCCAGCCACGACCCAUCUUCAAUGCUCUUACUGAGGGAAGGAGGUUGUUGGCCAAGAUCUCGCGAUACAUGGCCCCAUCCAUCCUCCCCUCAAUACGGUGCAGUCGUCCUGUCCCCUUUGCAGAAAAUCAUCCCCAAAGAAUGAUGUUUCCACCUCCAUGCUUCACGGUUGGGAUGGUGUUCUUGGGGUUGUACUCAUCCUUCUUCUUCCUCCAAACACGGCGAGUGGAGUUUAGACCAAAAAGCUCUAUUUUUGUCUCAUCAGACCACAUGACCUUCUCCCAUUCCUCCUCUGGAUCAUCCAGAUGGUCAUUGGCAAACUUCAGACGGGCCUGGACAUGCGCUGGCUUGAGCAGGGGGACCUUGCGUGCGCUGCAGGAUUUUAAUCCAUGACGGCGUAGUAUGUUACUAAUGGUUUUCUUUGAGACUGUGAUCCCAGCUCUCUUCAGGUCAUUGACCAGGUCCUGCCGUGUAGUUCUGGGCAGAUCCCUCACCUUCCUCAUGAUCAUUGAUGCCCCAUGAGGUGAGAUCUUGCAUGGAGCCCCAGAGCGAGGGUGAUUGACCGUCAUCUUGAACGUCUUCCAUUUUCUAAUAAUUGCACCAACAGUUGUUGCCUUCUCACCAAGCUGCUUGCCUAUUGUCCUGUAGCCCAUCCCAGCCUUGUGCAGGUCUACAAUUUUAUCCCUGAUGUCCUUACACAGCUCUCUGGUCUUGGCCAUUGUGGAGAGGUUGGAGUCUGUUUGAUUGAGUGUGUGGACAGGUGUCUUUUAUACAGGUAACGAGUUCAAGCAGGUGCAGUUAAUACAGGCAAUGAGUGGAGAACAGGAGGGCUUCUUAAAGAAAAACUAACAGGUCUGUGAGAGCCGGAAUUCUUACUGGUUGGUAGCUGAUCAUAUACUUAUGUCAUGCAAUAAAAUGCAAAUUAAUUACUUAAAAAUCAUACAAUGUGAUUUUCUGAAAUUACAGACCUCUACAUGCUUUGUAAGUAGGAAAACCUGCAAAAUCGGCAGUGUAUCAAAUACUUGUUCUCCCCACUGUAUAUAUAUAUGUGUGUGUGUGUGUGUGUGUGUGUGUGUGUGUGUGUGUGUGUGUGUGUGUGUGUGUGUGUGUAUAUAUGUGUAUAUAUGUAUGAGUUUUUAAACCACUCCACACAUUUCUUGUUAACAAACUAUAGUUUUGGCAAGUCGGUUAGGUCAUCUACUUUGUGCAUGACACAAGUAAUUUUCCAACAAUUGUUUACAGACAGAUUAUUUCACUUAUAUAAUUAACUGUAUCACAAUUCCAGUGGGUCAGAAGUUUACAUACACAAAGUUGACUGUGCCUUUAAACAGCUUGGAAAAUUCCAGAAAAUGAUGUCAUGGCUUUAGAUGCUUCUGAUAGGCUAAUUGACAUCAUUUGAAUCAAUUGGAGGCGUACCUGUGGAUGUAUUUCAAGGUUUACCUUCAAACUCAGUGCCUCUUUGCUUGACAUCAUGGGAAAAUGUAAAGAAAUCAGCCAAGACCUUAGAAAAUAAUUGUAGACCUCCACAAGUCUGGUUCAUCAUUGGGAGCAUUUUCCAAACGCCUGAAGGUACCACGGUCAUCUGUACAAACAAUAGUACGCAAGUAUAAACACUAUGGGCCCACGCAGCCAUCAUACCGCUCAGGAAGGAGACGCGUUCUGUCUCCUAGAGAUGAACGUACUUUGGUGCGAAAAGUGCAAAUCAAUCCCGGAACUACAGCAAAGGACCUUGUGAAGAUGCUGGAGGAAAGAGGUACAAAAGUAUCUAUAUCCACAGUAAAAUGAGUCCUAUAUCGACAUAACCUGAAAGGCUGCUCAGCAAGGAAGAAGACACUGCUCCAAAACCGCCAUAAAAAAGCUACGGUUUGCAACUGCACAUGGGGAUAAAGAUCUUACUUUUUGGAGAAAUGUCCUCUGGUCUGAUGAAACAAAAAUAGAACUGUUUGGCCAUAAUGACCAUUGUUAUUUUUGGAGGAAAAAGGGGGCUUCUUGCAAGCCGAAGAACACCAUCCCAACCGUGAAGCACGGGGGUGGCAGCAUCAUGCUGUGGGGGUGCUUUGCUGCAGGAGGGACUGGUGCACUUCACAAAAUAGAUGGCAUCAUGAGGAAGGAAUUUGAUGUGGAUAAAACAACAUCUCAAGACAUCAGUCAGGAAGUUAAAGCUUGGUCGAAAAUAGGUCUUCCAAAUGGACAAUGACCCCAAGCAUACCUCCAAAGUUGUGGCAAAAUGGCUUAAGGACAAGAAAGUCAAGAUAUUGGAGUGGCCAUCACAAAGCCCUGACCUCAAUCCUAUAGAAAAUGUGUGGGCAGAACUGAAAAAGCGUGUGCGAUCAAGGAGGCCUACAAACCUGACCUCAGUUACACCAGCUCUGUCAGGAGGAAUUGGCCAAAAUUCACCAAACUUAUUGUGGGAAGCUUGUGGAAGGCUACCCGAAAUGUUUGACCCAAGUUAAACAAUUUAAAGGCAAUGCUACCAAAUGCUAAUUUAGCGUAUGUAAACUUCUGACCCACUGGGAAUGUGAUUUUAAAAAAUAAAAGCUGAAAUAUAUAAUUCUCUCUACUAUUAUUCUGACAUUUCACAUUCUUAAAAUAAAGUGGUGAUCCUAACUGACCUAAGACAGGGAAUUUUGAAAAACUGAGUUUAAAUGUAUUUGGCUAAGGUGUAUGUAAACUUCCAACUUCAACUGUAUAUGUAUGUAUGUAUGUUUAUAUGUAUGUGUGUAUAUAUAUAUAUAUAUAUAUAUAUAUAUAUAUAUAUAUAUAUAUAUAUAUAUAUAUAUAUAUAUAUAUAUAUGCACACAGUGGGGAAAAAAAGUUUUUAGUCAGCCACCAAUUGUGCAAGUUCUCCCACGUAAAAAGAUGAGAGAGGCCUGUAAUUUUCAUCAUAGGUACACGUCAACUAUGACAGACAAAUUUAGAAAAAAAAAUCCAGAAAAUCACAUUGUAGGAUUUUUAAUGAAUUUAUUAGCAAAUUAUGGUGGAAAAUAAGUAUUUGGUCACCUACAAAUAAGCAAGAUUUCUGGCUCUCACAGAGCUGUAACUUCUUCUUUAAGAGGCUCCUCUGUCCUCUACUCGUUACCUGUAUUAAUGGCACCUGUUUGAACUUGUUAUCAGUAUAAAAGACACCUGUCCACAACCUCAAACAGUCACACUCCAAACUCCACUAUGGCCAAGACCAAAGAGCUGUCAAAGGACACCAGAAACAAAAUUGUAGACCUGCACCAGGCUGGGAAGACUGAAUCUGCAAUAGGUAAGCAGCUUGGUUUGAAAAAAUCAACUGUGGGAGCAAUUAUUAGGAAAUGGAAGACAUACAAGACCACUGAUAAUCUCCCUCGAUCUGGGGCUCCACGCAAGAUCUCACCCCGUGGGGUCAAAAUGAUCACAAGAACGGUGAGCAAAAAUCCCAGAACCACACGGGGGGACCUAGUGAAUGACCUGCAGAGAGCUGGGACCAAAGUAACAAAGCCUACCAUCAGUAACACACUACGCCGCCAGGGACUCAAAUCCUGCAGUGCCAGACGUGUCCCCCUGCUUAAGCCAGUACAUGUCCAGGCCCGUCUGAAGUUUGCUAGAGUGCAUUUGGAUGAUCCAGAAGAGGAUUGGGAGAAUGUCAUAUGGUCAGAUGAAACCAAAAUAGAACUUUUUGGUAAAAACUCAACUCGUUGUGUUUGGAGGACAAAGAAUGCUGAGUUGCAUCCAAAGAACACCAUACCUACUGUGAAGCAUGUGGGUGGAAACAUCAUGCUUUGGGGCUGUUUUUCUGCAAAGGGACCAGGACGACUGAUCCGUGUAAAGGAAAGAAUGAAUGGGGCCAUGUAUCGUGAGAUUUUGAGUGAAAAUCUCCUUCCAUCAGCAAGGGCAUUGAAGAUGAAACGUGGCUGGGUCUUUCAGCAUGACAAUGAUCCCAAACACACCGCCUGGGCAACGAAGGAGUGGCUUUGUAAGAAGUAUUUCAAGGUCCUGGAGUGGCCUAGCCAGUCUCCAGAUCUCAACCCCAUAGAAAACCUUUGGAGGGAGUUGAAAGUCUGUGUUGCCCAGCGACAGCCCCAAAACAUCACUGCUCUAGAGGAGAUCUGCAUGGAGGAAUGGGCCAAAAUACCAGCAACAGUGUGUGAAAACCUUGUGAAGACUUACAGGAAACGUUUGACCUGUGUCAUUGCCAACAAAGGGUAUAUAACAAAGUAUUGAGAAACUUUUGUUAUUGACCAAAUACUUAUUUUCCACCAUAAUUUGCAAAUAAAUUCAUUACAAAUCCUACAAUGUGAUUUUCUGGAGAAAAAAAAACCUCAUUUUGUCUGUCAUAGUUGACGUGUACCUAUGAUGAAAAUUACAGGCCUCUCUCAUCUUUUUAAGUGGGAGAACUUGCACAAUUGGUGGCUGACUAAAUACUUUUUUCCCGCACUGUGUGCGUGUGUAUAUGUGUAUAUAUAUGUGUGUAUGUAUGUAUGUAAAUGUAUGUAUGUGUAUAUAUAAUAUGUAUAUGUGUGUGUGUGUGUGUGUGUAUACACAUAUAUGUAUAUAUACACAUAUAUAUAUAUACACAUAUAUAUGUAUAUAUACACAUAUGUGUAUAUAUAUGUGUAUAUAUGUAUAUAUAUGUGUGUAUAUAUGCACGUGUAUGUAUAUAUAUACACGUAUAUGUGUAUAUGUAUGUAUGUAUGUAAAUGUAUGAAUAUGUAUAUAUGUGUGUGUAUAUGUAUGUGUAUAUAUGUAUAUAUAUGCACGUGUAUAUAUAUAUAUAUAUAUAUAUAUAUAUAUACACAUAUAUGUAUAUAUACAUACACACAAUUGUGUUACAAAACCAUCUGUAAUAAUUAGCUUUAUCAUUGUUCAAUGGGUCAAGUGAUUGACCGGUCGAAAAAUGACAAAAUAGACCCUUUCUUCCAGCAAAAGGCACGCGAUAACCGGGCAGCGCUGCGCAUUAACAAAGUUCAGAUGUCCAACGAUACGCUGAAGAGACACCAGAAUCCUCACCAGCAGCAGCAGCCGUUGACUGAUCCCUUUGACCCCAAUAGUGUCCCCAUGGACGCUGAGAUGCUCUUCAAAGAUGCACUCAAGCCCAAGGAGUCUGAGCACGAGCAGGAGUGGAAGUUCAGACAGGUAAGAGUACCUUUAGAGUUAAAGUGUGCUGGAAAUGGAGGGAGGGGGGGGCAUGAAGCAUGGGGGCACUGUAAAGCUGGGUUUCUCAAUGACUAUUCUAGGAGUUGUUGUCAAUUCAUUUGGCCUUCAUUUCUUUUAUGUAAAUGUAAAUGUUUUUUGUUUAAAUUGAGUCUGAGGGUACGAAAUUGGAUGCAUGAUUGUGGGGCAAUUGCAUGUAUGCCUUUUAGACAAUUAGGAAGUAAUUUGUUUAGUUUCUUCCUUGGCAGGCGUUCAGACAGCCAAAUGGGAUAAGUGGGAUUUUAUUCCUGCAUGUUGAGAAACCCUGGUGUGAGACAGCAGUGUGUGUUUUUUUUGUGUGUACAUGUAUUUUAUGACGCCAUAAUACACCACCAUAACAAUCAAAGUAUCGCAUGUCAGGGGAAUUGUGAGUGGGAGCAAGGUGGUGAGAUUGAAGAUAACAACCUGGGGGCAUGAAACCAUUUUUUCUAUUUAACUUUAUAUAUGUGCAUGGUUGAGUGAGUCAUUUUUAAACAAUACAUUUGGCGUUCUCAUACAGUCUACUAAUUCUUAAUUUGCAUUGAAAAGGGAGAGUUAAAUCAGAUGUGGGGACCGCUUAAGAAGCAGCAGGAAAAGGUCCCAAAAAGCAAAGCCAUAAAAUCAACAAAUAAAGACGUCCUUUUUGGACAUUCCAACCAGGCAACUAUAGCUGCAGGAGGUGGAAAAAUGUCUCUGGUAAGAUUCCCAAGGCGAGGCACUGUUCUGGUAUUCGUCUGCCUAGAACCAAUAAAGAAAAAUUUACAAGGUGUAAGAAAAGCAAAAUGUAAAAUGGAGUUGUAGGGAGAAAAGCUUGGUUAACUGGUAAAAUCUGUCCUUGGCCCUGAAAAACACAGUAACAGCCUCCAGAAGCUUUUUUUCAUGACCAUAUUACAUACACCCUCACAUUGUUUCCUCUUGCAUGGCUUAACAACACAGGCUAGACCCAUUCAUAUUGAAAAAGCAUUAACUUUGUUGUGAGUGAGGGAAAGAGAGCAUUCUUAGCACCAUGUCAUCAUAAAAUUUCAAAUUCAACCCUUUCAAAAAGGCUUCAUUCACUGAAGUGCCUCCCCUCCUUCCCUCCCCUGCUUUUCUUGUUUCCAUGGCAGCAAAUGAGACAAAAGAGCAAGCAGCAGGCGAAGAUCGAAGCCACUCAAAAGCUGGAGCAGGUGAAAAAUGAGCAGCAACAACUGCAGCAGCAACAGCUGUUUAGCAGUCAGUCAUGUGGAGAUACAACACCUAAUAGUGGCAACCAGAGCCCCAUGACGCCUCAGCCCAGCAAUGGUGGUAAGUCUGGAAACUCAUCCCCUCUGCAGCCAAUAGCGUCUGGACCCCAACUCCCAGUCACGCCCACCUCCGAGUCACAGGAUGACGUGUUCCUCAGACCACAGCUCCCACCUCCGUCCUCGAGGACGCCCACCCAGGAGAACUCGUACCCCCAGCAGGGACCAUCCUCCCAGCCCCAGUCACCACAGAUGUUCUCCCCAAGUUCCUCCUCAGGCUCCCGGCCAUCCUCGCCUUGGGACCCCUACGCCAAAAUGGUGGGCACCCCGAGACCACCCCCUGGGGGUGGCGGAUCCACCACGCCCCAGCGGAACUCUUUGUCAAAGAUGCAGGAAAGGGGAGGGAGGCCUUCCCCGGCACACGAGUCCUUUGGCUCGCCCACGUCUGGUAAUGCUGACCCCUAUGCUAAGAUGCCAGACACCCCCAGGCCACCUGACCCGUUUGUUAAACCCAUGGGACCCGCCAGGGUGGGCCCUUCAGGACUCGUUGAGCAGCAGCAAAAGCAGCAGGUCAGGCACAUAAUGAGCCCUCCCUCUGGAGGAGAAUCAUUUUCCAGGAUAGGGGGCCACCGAGCUGAGGUCUACCAGCGCAUAUCUCACAACCGCAUGAUCCUCUCAGACCCCUACUCCAGGCCUUUGCUCACUCCCAUCCCCGGCAGCAACGAGUCGGGCUCCGUGCCGGUGUUCAAAGCCCCCAUGCCUCCCCAGCAGUCCCAGCAAGAGCCCUAUGGUGGCCCUAUGCCUGGGGGACUUGGACGAGGGCCAUCUGAUGGCUUUCCCCAAGGACCACAGGCCGACCCCUAUGCCCAGCAGCCUCUCACCCCCCGUCCGCCCAUGGGGGAAGGGUUCCCCAACGAGCUCAGGAUGAUGCGCCAACCCCAGGAGGGCCAUUUCUCUCAACCCAUGCCAAUGAUGAGACACCCUCACAGAAACUCAUACGCCCAAGCACCAUCUGCCCCGAGGCCAGAUAAUUCCCAGCAGAUGCCUGACCCUUACGCCCAACCGAUAGGCACCCCCAGACCUCCCUCUGAUGGCUAUGCCCAACCUCCCGGCACCCCAAGGCCACACUCAGAUCCUUCAUACCUGCAGACGCCACCUAGCCUUCAUCUAGACCAGUUUCCCCAGCAGCACCCAGCCAAUCGCAGACAGUCUCCAUCUCACUCCAUGGAUCCUUAUGCCUCCAUGCCAGGUACCCCCAGACCAGCCCCAGGGGAUAGAUUUCCCAAAUCCCCCGCUAAUCAAAGGAACAUGGACCCUUAUGCCCAACAACCCGGUACCCCUCGGUCCUCCAAUGCCAUUCUAUACGCACAGCCCCCUGGAACCCCAAGACCGCUCCUCACCGACCCUUAUGCCCAAGUUCCAGGGACGCCCCGGCCAGGAGCUGGUCCUGACGCCUUCAAUCGACUAGGCUCCAGACCGACGCCCAUGUCCCAGCUCCCAGCUGACCCCUUCUCCCACCAGUCUCCAGGCAGGAUGCAGGACACGUUUUCCCGUCCAAGUGCCCCAGGCUCUCAGACAUCUAAGCACCCGGAAAUGUCGGACGAAAGUUUCUCUCUGCCGCAUUCGAAUCAUCACGGUGGUCAAACGCCGAUUCACAACCACUUUGAACAGGGUCCAAUGACACCUUGUGCUCAAGCUUCAGAAAGGCCAGCCCAUGAUAUUACCCAGUUGAGCAGCAACACUGUUGAUGCUCAGAACAGCAUGCAGCCACACCUGGGAGACACUGAGGAGAAGCUCAGACAGGUAUUUGCAUUUAGUAAAGAAGCAAUGACACUGCCACAUGGAUAACACUUGAAUUGAAAUAAAGCCUUCUUCUGUUUGCAUAGUUAUUAGCAGGUGAUUAGUCAUUCCCAAGCCAAUAUGACAGUGCAACAUUAAAUAAUUGUUGCUUCUCUAUAAGUACCCCUAAAAUGCUAAUGAAUGAAUAGUUGCAUGAUGCAAGAUUUAUUUGUUACUUGCUAAUGUGUACCAUGCUUGCCCCCCCCCCCCCCCCCCCCCCCCCCCCCCCCGGCAGCGCCAGAGACUGCGCCAGCUGAUCCUGAGGCAGCAGCAACAGAAGUCUGCCAUCCUGCAAGAGAAAGGACUACGACAGGAAGCUGGUGGUGCCCCCGAUGCGGCGACACCCCGUCGCUGGUCACAAGAAGAUCCCACCCCACAGAGCGACAUGUUUGGCAGACCACCACCCCCUUACCCAGGACCCAUCAGGGGCGGUCUCCAAGUUCCUGGGGGUCAAAGGUUCCCUGGUACCUUCCUAGGGGACCAGCGAGGACCCUUCCCCAACGAGGGCCAGUUUGCGAUACCCCACUUCCCCAGGGACAUGGGCAACAUGGGCUUGAGGCCCCAAGGAAUGAGGUUAGUCGAGUUUGACAGCAUAGGUAUACAUAAACUCUGGCCCUUGACACUUUUUUUUUAAUGCACAAGGCCUUUACCACAUUUAAAUGCAGCUGUAUAUUUGUAUAAUGCUACACAUUGGUGGUGGAUGAGGUGAGUUUCCCCCUACUAUGUAAAGCGCUUUGAGUACCUCAGUUGGUAGAAAGGCGCUAUAUAAAUCCAAUCAAAUCCAAUACAUUAUAAUUGUUUUAAAGAAUAUGUUGCUCCUCUUGAAACGAUUCAAUUAAUGAAAAUAUGUUAAACAUGCAUUGUGGAAUGAAGUGGCAUUUUUGAAGUGCUACUCACUGUGUAAUCUUCCUUAUUUGUGUGUAGGGAGCAAUCAUCAGCAAUCAGUGACAUUGUGUUCUGCCUUGUUCAUGGAUUAGCAUUUGCCAAUGUGGUUUUCAUCUUUUCUUCUCUCAGGUUUGGAUUUCCCCCCGGCCAUGAGCAACAUUUCCUCAGGCCCCCUCAUCAGAUGCCCGGCGGGCCCAUGGUCAAUAACAUUCCAACCCAGAUGCGACGGUCCCUCUCUGUGGACUUUUCCGGGGGGGGCAUGGAGGGCAUGGGGGGCAACCCCCAGAUGGGGCUCCCCCAGCACUUCCCCCCGCGGGGCCUUACCGUCCAGCAGCACAAUAUCAUGGGUCAGCCGUUCAUUGAGCUCCGCCACAGGGCCCCUGAGAACAGGAUGAUGAUGCCCUUUGGGCAUGGACCUCCCAACGUCAUGGACCCCUCCAACCAACUCCAGAGACCACCCCAGUGCUUCAUGGUUGGCCAGGAGAUGGGCUUCGCCGGGAACCAGGGACCAAGAAUGAUGGAUCCCAUGAUGGGCAGACCUUCCCAGGGAUCGGUCGGCCACAUGCAGAUCUUGGCUAGUAUGGAGAACCUGCACCAGCAGCAGACUGAAGUGCAAGUGACCACUGGGCAGCAACAGCAUCCUCCACUGAAUAGGUCACUCAGCCACCCUGUCACUAGUGAGUCACUCAAUGCAGAGCCAUCUGGUAUGCUCUUGCCUGGGUCUAGCACCAGUCAAGCGGAGGAGACUCAGAUACCCAGUGGAGACGGAAUCGACGAAAACUUGGACGCUGACGACUCUGCAGUGAAGGACCUCGAAGACGUGGAGGUCAAAGACCUGGUCGACCUGAACCUGAACCUCGACCCGGAUGAUGGUAAAGACCUGGACCUGGGACCCAACGACCUGCACCUCGACGACUUCCUCAUGUCGGGGAAGUUUGACCUCAUCGCCUACACGGACCCCGAGUUCAACCUGGAGGACAAGAAAGACAUGUUCAGUGAAGAAGAUCUGGACCUGGGUGACCCCAUGGAGGACCACCAACAGGGAGAGACCUCGGACCUCCAGAAAGCCCUGUCGCAGAAGAGGAACACCAGCGGAGACUGCACAGCCACCUCGUCCCAAUCCGUAGGGAAAUCCGACAAUGUUCAAGCGCACGGCCAAAUCAGACUGGAGGCCAACAAAUCGAAAGAGACCUUGGACAUAGUCAAAACAGAAGAGCCGAUCAAAACGGAGGUCAAAGAUGGACACAUGCAAAACCAGGACCAGCCACCCUGCAGUGGCCAGAUUAAUUACAACAGAACCAUGACUAACCAAGAGGGCACAGGGCUGUAUGAGCAACCUGGACAGACUGGCUCGGCUCCGGUCCUCUCCAGCCUUCUGGUCAAAGAGAAACUGGAAGACACUGGGUUAGGCCCAAACGGCUCUCCUCAUCAAGGGAACAUAGCUGCCCAGCCGAACCAGGCCACUGGGCUACACCCAAACACAGGCAUGCUGAUGCUAUCUAAGCAACAUGCCCAAGACAACAACAGGCUCAAUCCCAGUGUGGCUAUGGGACAUCGGGUGAACCCUGCGUUGGUUCAGAGUAGGCUUUCAAUGGGAAACCCAAACCACAUCCUAGUGGGAAACCACAGCUUCGGGGCGUCAGCCAACCAGCAGGUGGAGCUAAACCUAGCCAUGGUGGGAGCCGGUCAGCAGCCCAUUGCCCAUGGCCUGAACCCCCAGGGCCAGCAGGGCUCCUCGCUAGAGCAGGCCGGCCCACAGAACAGGCCUCUGCUGCUGGAUGAGCAGCCCCUCCUACUGCAGGACCUGCUGGACCAGGAGAGGCAGGAGCAGCAGCAGCAGAGGCAGAUGCAGGCCAUGAUCCGACAGCACUCCAGUGACUCCUUCCCCAACAUAAGUAAGGGUAAUGAGCUUCAGAUAGACAUGUGAUUGCUGUUUUGGUGAUCCGUUUAAUUUAGUCACACACAUUACCCCUCUACAUUUAUUAUUAUUAGUUAUUUCCAGAGUGUAUUCAGAACAGUCCUCUGGGGGUUUUGCAGUCAUUUUGCAUGAUCAUCCUUUUUGGUAGAUAUGUGGAAAAUGAAGCCAUUUUCGUUUGAGACAAAUGCUUUUUUUUUAAAAGAUUUCGAGGGCAAAAAAAGAACUUUGCAUUCCCCACAUGUAAAUUGAGGAACAGAAUGUUGGACAUAAUAUUUCUUGACAAGAGACACUUUUGGGAGUCUUACUUCACCAGCGUUCCAUCCAUAAUUUAGACGUGGCACUCGUGAGGGAUGGAUUCUUUAAAAAUGGCUUAAAAAGAGGUCAAACCUUAAAGGAUAAGUUACUUUUUACAACCAAAUCUCAAUUGUUGAUGUAAAUGGCAUGUUAUAGAAGGGUCCAGACACCUUUUUUGUGAUUUCACUUGUUUUUGAGAAACGUAUCCCAAACAGCAAAUCACUUCCUCGUCUUCGUUGAAUACUAUGGGGGCCCUGAAAAACAUGAACCAAGGCUCCAAGAACUCCCAAAUACUACAAAGCUCUCAGUAUAUUGAAACAGGUCUUUAGAUGUCGUACACAUGAAAUUGUCAUUUCGAACUUUAUGCAUAACAUUAUAUUCAAUUUUGUUGCGACUCGAGCAAUAUCUCGCCGUCCAUUCUACAAGUAACUGCCAAAAUAAAGGAAACACUUGAGUAAAUGAGAGCUACAAAGUAUAUUGAAAGCAUGGGGUGCUUCCACACAGGAAGUUACAGACAGUUGUAGAAUCUAUGCCAAGGCGCAUUGAUUGAAGCUGUUCUGGCGGCUCGUGGUGGCCAAACACCCUAUUAAUAUACUUUGUUGGUGUUUCCUUUACUUUAUGUUGGUGUUUCCUUUACUGUCAGUUACCUGUAGCAGCAGGCUACACUGAGAAUGGAACAGCUGGAUAGGGGAAACGUCUGGAGUCGCACAAAAGGGAAUAUAACGUUGCAUUUAAAGUUCAGAAUGACACAAUUUAUCUAAAGACCUGCAUCACUACACUGAGAGCUUUGCCGUUUCUAAAAAAUAUAUAUUUUUGGAGCCUUUGUUCGUGGUUUUUCAGGGCCCCCAUACUACACAACGAGGAUAAGGAAAUGUGCUGUUUGGGGUAAGUUAAUCAAAAACAAGUGAAAUCACAAAAAAGGUGUCUGGCCCCUUCUAUAACAUGCCAUUUACAUCAGAGAUUUGGUUGUAAAAAAAGAACGCCUUUUAAAAGGAGGUCAAACCUUAAAAGGAAGUCAACUACAAUUAAGUGGAUUUGUCAAAAGAUUACUGACUUUUUUGUUUUUGUUUUCUUCUUUAGCAGACUUUGAUGCCAUCACAGACCCGAUCAUGAAGGCUAAGAUGGUGGCCCUGAAGGGAAUUAAUAAAGUCAUGGCUCAGAACAGCAUGGGAAUGCCCUCAAUAGUCAUGAACAGGUAAGGCAAAAGCUUCCCCAAUGCUAGCUUUGAGUGUUCGUGCUAGGUAAUGUUAUUUAAUUGAAAGGGUAAAACAUGAUUUAAUGUUCCCUAAACCAAUCUCAUUGUCUUUGUGGCAGAGUUCAGCAGACGCCAGGAGCCCAUGGACCAGAUACUGUUGCCACUCUGCCUCAACGUGUGCUUGGACAGGUAAGCAUCGUGAAUCAACCACUAUCUGUCUAUCAGACUGUCAUAUGUUUCAUAUAUUAUGCUAGGAAAAAAAGGCCCCAUUUAUCAUUUGUUAAUUGUCUUCGCAGGACGGGAAGUUGGCUCCACAGAUGGCGAGACCGAACCCCCCAAAUUUUGGACCUGGAUUUGUCAGUGAGUGGACAACCCAAAGUUUUUCAAUUUGCAUUUGAUUAUGACAUCCUCAUUCACUUUAACCAAAUUAUUAAUCAUAGACCCAUUUGGUCUCUUCAGUAUUUAAUUUGUUGACCACCAUAUCCAAUCCAGGGUCUAUUCGAUUUCACCUAUAUGUCUUUUGGAUUUAUGUAUACAUCCAAAGUAAAAAUGGCACCUAACCCAUUCUUGUCUCACGUCUCUCAGACGACCGCAAGAGGAAGCAGUACGAGGAGUGGCUCCAGGAGACCCAACAGCUCCUGCAGAUGCAGCAGAAGUUUCUGGAAGACCAGAUUGGGGCCCACAGGAAAUCCAAGAAGGCCCUGUCAGCCAAACAGAGGACGGCCAAGAAGGCUGGCCGUGAGUUCCCUAAGGAGGACGUCGAGCAGCUGAAGCAUGUGACAGAGCAGCAGAGUGUGGUGCAGAAACAGUUGGAGCAGGUAGCUAACUAAAUGUAGCAGGGUUCUUUGCUGGCAUUUCAUGUUGAGGUUUUUGAAAAUAUUCAGAUCUUGGAUUUGAGUUAUUUCUUUAGUCUCUUGAUUCUACAUCUUUACAUGGCAUUAUCUGUAACAUGAUUGGAAAUCAUGAGUGCUUAAAUAAUGUAAAGAUGCAAGGUUGUACAUGCUGUCAUCUGUACAGAGCUGUCAUGAGGUGGAAAAGAGAAGGAUCUCAUCUUAAGCCACCUGAAUCAUUUUUUUAUUUGAUUUAUUAGGAUCCGAAUUAGCCGACACCAAUGGCGACAGCUAGUCUUAUUGGGGUUCGACACAUAACAAAAAAGACAUUACAGACAAAAUACUUUAAAAUGUACAUACAUUUAAAAACAUGAACAUGUAGUGUGUGCGUGUGUGCAUCUAUCAGUUACACAAACAGUGCAUUCGGAAAGUAGACAGAUCCCUUGACUUUUUCCACAUUUUGUUACAUUAUAGCCUUAUUCUAAAAUGGAUAAAAUAUUUUUUCCCCCUCAUCAAUCUACACACAAUACCCCAUAAUGACAAAGCGAAAACAGGUUUUUAGAAAUGUUUGGCAAAUGUAUAUAAAAAAAAAAAAACAUAUACCUUAUUUAACUUAAGUAUUCAGACCCUUUGCUAUGAGACUCGAAAUUUAGCUCAGGUGCAUCGUGUUUCUAUUGAUCAACCUUGAGAUGUUUCUACAAUUUGAUUGGAGUCCACCUGUUGUAAAUUCAAUCGAUUGGACAUGAUUUGGAAAGGCACACACCUGUCUGUUUAAGGUCCCACAGGUGACAAUGCAUGUCAGAGCAAAAAAAAGCCAUAGGUCGAAGGAAUUGUCCGUAGAGCUCCGAGACAGAAUUGUGUCGAGGCACAGAUCUGGGGAAGGGUACCAAAACAUUUCUGCAGCGUUGAAGGCCCCCAAGAACACAGUGGCCUCCAUCAUUCUUAAAUGGAAUGAAGUUUGGAACCACCAAGACUGUUCCUAGAGCUGGCCACCCGGCCAAACUGAGCAAUCAGGGGAGAAGGGCCUUGGUCAGGGAGGUGAACAAGAACCCGAUGGCCACUGACAGAGCUCCAGAGUUCCUCUGUGGAGAUGGGAGAACCUUCCAGACGGACAACCAUCUCUGCAGCACUCCACCAAUCAGGCUUUUCUGGUAGAGUUGCCAGACGGAAGCCACUCCUCAGUAAAAGGCACACGACAGCCCGCUUGGAGUUUGCCAAAAGGCACCUAAAGGACUCUGACCAUGAGACACAAAAUUAUCUGCUCUGAUGAAACCAAGAUUGAACUCUUUGACCUGGCACCAUCCCUACGGUGAAGCAUGGUGGUGGCAGCAUCAUGCUGUGGGGAUGUUUUUCAGCGGCAGGGACUGGGAGACUAGUCAGGAUCGAGGGAAAGAUGAACGGAUCAGAGUACAGAUAGAUGCUUGAUGAAAACCUGCUCCAGAGCACUCAUGACCUCAGACUGGGGUGAAGGUUCACCUUCCAACAGGACAACGGCCCUAAGCACACAACAAGACAACGCAUUAGUGGCUUCGGGACAAGUCUCUGAAUGUCCUUCAGUGGCCCAGCCAGAGCCCGGACUUGAACCCAAUAGAACAUCUCUGGAGAGACCUGAAAAUAGCUGUGCAGCGACGCUCCCUAUCUAACCUGACAGAGCUUGAGGAGGAUCUGCAGAGAAGAAUGGGAGAAACUCCCCAAAUACAGGUGUGACAAGCUUGUAGCGUCAUACACAAGAAGACUCAAGGCUGUAAUCGCUGCCGAAGGUGCUUCAACAAAGUACUGAGUAAAGGGUCUGAAUACUUAUGUAAAUGUGAUAUAUUUCAGUUUUUAAUUUAACACAUUUGCAAAAAAAAUUUGCUUUGUCAUGAUGGUGUAUUGUGUGUAGAUUGAGAUUUUUUUAUUUGAUCCAUUUUAGAAUAAGGCACUAACGUAACAAAAUGUGGAGAAAGUCAAGGUGUCUGAAUACUUUCCGAAUGCACUGUAAACACAAUCCAUGUCUCAAUUGUCUCAAGGCUUACAAAUCUUUCUUUAACCUGUCUCCUCCCCUUCAUCUACACUGACUGAAGUGGAUUUAACAAGUGAGAUCAAUACAGGGAUCAUAGCUUUCACCUGGAUCCACCUGGUCAGUCUAUGGCAUGGAACGAGCAAGUGUUCUUAAUGUUCUGUAUACUCAGUGUACUGUAUAUGCCAACAUUGCACAACAAUGCCUAAUUUAUCAUAACCAUUGCAGAUAAAGAAUCCUAAUUGCUAAAUAGCCUCAUAUACAGUACCAGUCAAAGGUUUGGACACACCUACUCAUUCAAGCAGAGGUAACAGAGUAGGUGUGUCCAAACUUUUGACUGGUACUGUAUAUUCAGUCAAUAAAAAAACAAGAAUGUAAUUCAUUUUAGAAUAAGGCUGUAACGUGACAAAAUGUGGAAAAAGUCAAGGGGUCAGUACAUACACACAACAAGUAGGUCACAUGGGGGAGAGGCUUGUGCCGUGAGGUGUUGCUUUAUUAGUUUUUUUAAACCAGGUUUGCUGUUCACUUGCGCUAUAUGAGAUGGAAGGGAGUUCCAUGCACUCAUGGCUCUGUAUAAUAGUGUACGUUUCCUUGAAUUUGUUCUGGACCUGGGGACUGUGAAAAGACCCCUGGUGGCAAAUCUGGUGGGGUAAGUGUGUGUGUGUCAGUGCUGUUUGUAAGAUGACUAUGCAAACAAUUUGGAAUUUCCCACACAUUAAUGUUUCUUAUUAAAACAAGAAGUGACGCCGUCAGUCUUUCCUCAACUCUUAGGCAAGAGAGACUGGCAUGCAUAGUAUUAAUAUUAGCCCUCUGAUUAGUGAAGAGCAAGACGUGCCACUCUGUUCUGGGCCAGCUGCAGCUUAACAAAGUCUUUCUUUGCAGCACUUGACCAUAUGACUGGACAAUAAUCAAGAUAAGAUAACUAGAGCCUGCAUUACUUGCUUUGUAAAUAGAUUCUUUCAAUCUUUGAGGGCUUAAUUUAGGGUUUACCUCGGGCCUUUUGGUCUUCAGCUCCCACAUCCCUUUGAAUUCCAUCUUAUAGAUCUUAUAGAUUGUCUCUUGAAGUUAAACACUUGAUGUCGGCUCAGUUAUCAACUCUUUGCUUUGUAUUCCUGUCCCCUCAGAAAUGUGAUUACAGUGGGGGAAAAAAGUAUUUAGUCAGCCACCAAUUGUGCAAGUUCUCCCACUUAAAAAGAUGAGAGGCCUGUAAUUUUCAUCAUAGGUACACGUCAACUAUGACAGACAAAAUGAGAAAAAAAAAUCCAGAAAAUCACAUUGUAGGAUUUUUAAUGAAUUUAUUUGCAAAUUAUGGUGGAAAAUAAGUCUUUGGUCAAUAACAAAAGUUUCUCAAUACUUUGUUAUAUACCCUUUGUUGGCAAUGACACAGGUCAAAUGUUUUCUGUAAGUCUUCACAAGGUUUUCACACACUGUUGCUGGUAUUUUGGCCCAUUCCUCCAUGCAGAUCUCCUCUAGAGCAGUGAUGUUUUGGGGCUGUCGCUGGGCAACACGGACUUUCAACUCCCUCCAAAGAUUUUCUAUGGGGUUGAGAUCUGGAGACUGGCUAGGCCACUCCAGGACCUUGAAAUGCUUCUUACGAAGCCACUCCUUCGUUGCCCGGGCGGUGUGUUUGGGAUCAUUGUCAUGCUGAAAGACCCAGCCACGUUUCAUCUUCAAUGCCCUUGCUGAUGGAAGGAGGUUUUCACUCAAAAUCUCACGAUACAUGGCCCCAUUCAUUCUUUCCUUUACACGGAUCAGUCGUCCUGGUCCCUUUGCAGAAAAACAGCCCCAAAGCAUGAUGUUUCCACCCCAUGCUUCACAGUAGGUAUGGUGUUCUUUGGAUGCAACUCAGCAUUCUUUGUCCUCCAAACACGACGAGUUGAGUUUUUACCAAAAAGUUCUAUUUUGGUUUCAUCUGACCAUAUGACAUUCUCCCAAUCCUCUUCUGGAUCAUCCAAAUGCACUCUAGCAAACUUCAGACGGGCCUGGACAUGUACUGGCUUAAGCAGGGGGACACGUCUCGCACUGCAGGAUUUGAGUCCCUGGCGGCGUAGUGUGUUACUGAUGGUAGGCUUUGUUACUUUGGUCCCAGCUCUCUGCAGGUCAUUCACUAGGUCCCCCCGUGUGGUUCUGGGAUUUUUGCUCACCGUUCUUGUGAUCAUUUUGACCCCACGGGAUGAGAUCUUGCGUGGAGCCCCAGAUCGAGGGAGAUUAUCAGUGGUCUUGUAUGUCUUCCAUUUCCUAAUAAUUGCUCCCACAGUUGAUUUCUUCAAACUAAGCUGCUUACCUAUUGCAGAUUCAGUCUUCCAGCCUGGUGCAGGUCUACAAUUUUGUUUCUGGUGUCCUUUGACAGCUCUUUGGUCUUGGCCAUAGUGGAGUUUGGAGUGUCUGUUUGAGGUUGUGGACAGGUGCCUUUUAUACUGAUAACAAGUUCAAACAGGUGCCAUUAAUACAGGUAACGAGUGGAGGACAGAGGAGCCUCUUAAAGAAGUUACAGGUCUGUGAGAGCCAGAAAUAUUGCUUGUUUGUAGGUGACCAAAUACUUAUUUUCCACCAUAAUUUGCAAAUUAAUUAAUUAAAAAUCCUACAAUGUGAUUUUCUGGAUUUUUUUUCCCUCAACUUGUCUGUCAUAGUUGACGUGUACCUAUGAUGAAAAUUACAGGCCUCUCUCAUCUUUUUAAGUGGGAGAACUUGCACAAUUGGUGGCUGACUAAAUACUUUUUUUCCCCAUCCUCCUCAGCAACACACACAGCACACAAAGCUUGAUUGCUGAAAUACAAUUGCUACUUUUAAAGAACUGUUUGGUUUCUUGAGAAUCAAGGGAAACAUUAAGCCCGAAAACAAACCUUUUGACCUUUUCUUAGCUAAUUAUUUCCAACUUCCGUGACCUUUUCACUGUGGCGAGGCGCGAGACAGAACCACCACUGGAGAACUAAGGCAUGAUUUAUUCUGUGACGUUAACACACAUCCUCCACUCUCAGUCAAUAUUUUCACAAGGCUUUUUUAACAAGAGGUUUUACUAUAUUCUAUAUAUGUUAUGAUUAUGCUAUUUACCUUGUAUUUACUUGGUAAUGGUUCAAUCUGAUUUUAUUGUGGAUUAAUGGAAACAGUUACUGUAUCAAUAUGCAUUAUCCCGUUCCAGGUAGUUGCCAAUUUUAUGGAGGUAUUUUGAAUAAGUAACAGAAAAUAGCAUUUGAUCACACUGUUCUUUCUGUGAUUGCCAGAUAAAUACCAGUUCUAAUUGGAUUGUAUAGCAAAGCAGUGCCUAAAAAUGUCUCUCAAUACUGUCUUGCACUGUGAAGAAUUGGGUGGGAGAACCUUCAGUCUGCUCACAAUUCUCUAUCCUUUCUUUUUCCCCUUUUGUGUUAUUGCUCUCUGGUAGAUUCGGAAACAGCAGAAAGACCAUGCAGAGCUGAUAGAGGAGUACCGUGUCAAGCAGCAGCAGCAACAACAACAGCCAAGUCUCCAGGCUCCUAUGAUGCCAGGGAUGCCACCCAUGACAGGGAUGCUAGCUCAAGCAGCCCCUAUGAUGCUCAGGGGACCCCCUUUGGGCCAGCCCAUGAUGGGGCCCAUGAUGACAAUGCAGACCCACCCCGGCCAGCCUAACCUUGCCUGCAUGCCCAACAUGCCGGGCUGGCACCCCGGGGGAGCCCCAGGACCGAUGGGAGACCCGGGUCCAAAAAUUCCAGCUCAGAUGCCCCCUGCCAGCCCUGCCCAGCUGCCCCAGCCCCAGUUACCACCCCAGGUCCAACUACCACCCCAGCCUCAGCCACCACCCUCAAUGGUGCCUGGAGUAAAAGCCACACCUGCAGGCAAAGGAGCAGGAGCCCAGGGAGCCAGCGGAGGUAACGGUGGUGGUGGCGGCAAUAGCCUCGCUGUGAAAUUUGAUGACAACAACCCAUUCAGCGAGGGCUUCCAGGAGCGCGAAAGGCGGGACCGCCUAAGGGAGCAGCAGGAGAGACAGCGGGUUCAGCUGAUGCAGGAAGUGGACAGGCACCGGGCCAUGCAGCAGCGGCUGGAGAUGGAGCAGCAAGGCCUGGGUCCUGGUCCCGCUGGGCUCCCACUCGGCUCCGGAGCUACUAACCCCGGUGGGGAUAGCCUGGCCCACAUGCCAUUCUACAAUACUGAUCUGCCCCAAGACUUCAUGCAGCCCUCUAGGCCUCAACAACAACAAGCACCACUACAUCAGGGGCAGCUAGGUCCCAUGUACCCCCAACAGGGCAACGGGGCCUUCAUGCCAGGGGGCGAGCGCAGGCCUAUGCCCGGGACUGGGGCUUUUGGUGGUCCCGAGAUGGGUCCCAAUUUCCGUCCCAAAAACCCCAUGCUGCAGGGGCUCAACUUCCCCUCGGGACAGCCCCGUCCUGCCGGAUUCAGAGGCCUUGGGAUGAAGCCCCAGGGUGGGGGCGGAGGCGAGGGACAGGGACCACUGUUCGGAAUGAACUCAUCCACCCCCCUGCCUCCCAACUACCCCGGCUCAGGCCAAUCCUUGAUCCAGCUCUACUCCAACAUCAUCCCAGAGGAGAAGGUGAAGAAGAAGAGGAACAGGAAGAAGAAGAGAGACUCUGUCGACGACGCAGACUCGGUCAAGACACCAUCCACUCCCCACUCGGACCUCUGCUCCCCGCUGACGCCCUCCCGCGUGUCUGACACCUCAUCCACCCGGAGCCUCAGCAUUCCCGGAGAGCAGGAUCUGUCCGAUCUUUUCCUCCCAGUGGGGUCCUCGGGUUUGGCCCCUUCUUCGGAACUGGAGAGGCAGCUCUCAGGCAGCAGCUUAGCCCAGGGUGGCUGCUCCAGCAUGGGCUCAGAGAAUGACCGGGCCUCCCUGUUUGACGAAACCCUCCAAAUCAAGCUGGAGAGGAUAGAGACUGAGUGCAGAGGGGCCGCGGCGGCCAACGAGGGGUCUGGCUUGGGGCACGUUCCCCGAGCCGUCGGGACAGUAAAGGUGGAGGAGGGAAGCGAGGGGGGGCUCUCUUCGCCCCUCCACGGCGCAAAAGGUGGCGACACAGGGAACAAGCUGCUUAUGCACCUGUUGAAGAACAAGAGCACGCCCAAUGCCAACCAGACCCCUCCCACACAGCAGAUGUCCUGUGACAAACUGCGCUCAGAGCAGGAGGCAUCAUCAGACCGCAAAGCCACCGCCAGGCCGGCAUCCACCGCCAACAACAUGGUGAGAAGGGAAAGACCACAGACACUAUAGUAUAGCAUAGGUUACUGCAUGUUCUAUCUGAAAUCGAAAUAUUUGGGUACAAAAUUGGCUAAGCAAUUGCUAUACAGUACUACAUUCCUAAUGAAAACCGUUUGUGUGUAUAAUAGUAGCUCACCAACCUUGUCUCGUUGUAAUUUCCCAGACUCCCCGACGCAGUCUGCUGACAGGAAGCAUAGAGCUAGAACCCUCGGUGCUGGAGCAGGGCAAGAGGAAGCAGCAACGCAACAAACGGACGCCCAAAAACGGGGCGGAGAAACCACCAUCGUGCUACAAGAGGAGGAAGAAGGAGGAAGAGGAGAGGCAGAUUGGUUAUUCCAGUACUGACGCUCUGAUGACCCAGCUCAAACAGGUACAGGUCAUAGUAGUCAGCCACCAAACAGUGUUGAAUGUGCUGAUUAGCUAUUGUGUGUUGAUUGGCUGAUUGGUCUGGUCAUGUUGCCAGGCACAAAACAUAAAACGAGAGUUUUAUUUAGUACAUAUUUCCAUAUUUUGAUCAUGUUUUAUACAUUUGAUUGAUGGUGUUAAAUGUUGCACGUGUGUGGUGCUGCUAUGUGCAAAUUAGCACUCAGGCUGCUGAUUUUGUAGAUUAAAGUGUAUCUAUCUUUCUCUGCAGUUGCUUAGGUACAAAUGUGGGUGUUAUUUUGCUGUUAGCACACCUCAUAAAUCACUGUCAUCUUAAUAUGUAAUUACUUUAAUUUAGGUGGAAUUGAAUGGUCAGUGGAUUUUUAAAGAAUCACUCGACAUUUGUGAAAGGCAUAAACCGAAGAUUAAAUGGAGAAAAAAAUGCAUUAUUCUUAGUUGACUAAUAAUAAAAUAAAUACAUUGUAUGUCAUUCAAAUUAUGAGGAGAAAUACCAUGGGUUAUCCAGUGGUGAACCUUUCACAGGGGCACAGUAAAAUGUUUCCCCAAAAAUUCCCAAGCUGCAUUUUGUCUAGACCGCCUACGUCUCAACUACACUUUAGAUAACCAUCUAGGUUAAAAUGACUUCAGUUAUUACACCCCCCAAAAAAGGUAAUUAGUAAUAACCGUCAAAAGUUGAAAUUCAAUUUCUAGAACUAAUUUUGAUCCUGUUCAGUGCUUACCUCGAAAUUUAAGCAGUGAAAAAGCCUUUAAAAUACAGUACCACGUACAGCGUCCCAUCUGCUCUCACUAACCUUUCUUCCUCUCUUCUCUUCCUCCACGUCCACCAUCACAGCAGCUUUCCCUGCUGCCCCUGGUAGAGCCCCUGAUGGGGGUCAACUUUGCUCACUUCCCCCCCUUCGGCAGCGGGCAGCUGAACGGGGAGAACAGGCUGUCAGGCUCCUUUGGCAGCGCUUCGCUGGGUGGCGUGUCAGACUACUACUCCCAGCUCAUCUACAAGGUGAGAUCACUAAUGUAUGCACAUCCAUCCCUUUUACAGGUGGAGAGUACAAAAAAGUACAUAAUAGGGAAAGGAAAAUAUUUCCUAGAAAAUAAUGGAUAGCCGCACACUGUUGAAUGCGUCUGUAUACUCUAACACAUUUCCCUAGUUGGAUCCAGUUACGACGUUGUGUGCUUUGCCAUUUUGUAGCAGAACAACUUGAGCAACCCACCCACCCCUCCAGCAUCACUCCCUCCCACGCCGCCCCCCAUAGCGAGGCAGAAGAUGGUCAACGGGUUCGCAACGGCCGAGGAGCUCACCAGGAAAGCUGCAGUCUCAGGUGGCCAUGAUGGUAAAGUGGGACUCAAAAUUGUCUAAAUCCUGCUGUGCCUCACUUCUUUGGAGAAGUAAUGCUGUAGUAAUAUUGUAGCUAAUAUUAAAGAGUGAUCUAAAAAUGUAUUAGAUAUACAGUGCCUUCGGAAAGUAUUCAGACCCAUUGACCUUUUCCACAUUUUGUUACGUUACAGCCUUAUUCUAAAAUGGAUUAUAAAAAUAAUAAUCCUCAGCAAUCUACAUUUACAUUUACAUUUACAUUUUAGUCAUUUAGCAGACGCUCUUAUCCAGAGCGACUUACAGGAGCAAUUAGGGUUAAGUGCCUUAAGGGCACAUCGACAGAUUUUUCACCUAGUCGGCUCGGGGAUUAGAACCAGCGACCUUUCGGUUACUGGCACAACGCUCUUACCCACUAAGCUACCUGCCGCCCCAGACCAAAGCAAUUGGAACUUAAACUGUUACAGUGAAUGCAUGGAAGGAUGUGGGUUUGAGAGUGAAAAGAAACACAGAUUUGUUAAAAACAAAUUAUGAAAAUAAAGAGUAAAGCGGAGUGGUUUGUAAUAUGGCAGAUCAUAUGAAGAAGGUGGACUUGAAGGGAAAUGUUGAGAGAAGGGGGAAGUCCUUGAGCUGUCUGUGUGGGCUAGAUCACCGGUCCAUCAUGCUGAGGAUCAUCUCAGGGGUGAGAUCUCCGUUGGACGCAACCUCUGCUACAGGCAGCGCCACCCCUGCACACAAUACCCCGUAAUCUACACACAAUACCCCGUAACGACAAAGCGAAAACAGGUUUUUUGAAUUUUUUGCAAAUGUAUUAAAAAUAAAAAACAGAAAUACCUUAUUUAUAUAAGUAUUCAGGCCCUUUGCUAUGAGACUCGAAAUUGAGCUCAGGUGCAUCCUGUUUCCAUUGAUCAUCCUUGAUGUUUCUACAACUUGAUUAGAGUCCACCUGUGGUAAAUUCAAUUGUUUGGACAUGAUUUGGAAAGGCACACACAUGUCUAUAUAAGGUCCCACAGUUGACAGUGCAUAUCAGAGCAAAAACCAAGCCAUGAGGUCGAAGAAUUGUCCGUAGAGCUCCGAGACAGGAUUGUGUCGAGGCACAGAUCUGGGGAAGGGUACCAAAAAAUGUCUGCAGCAUUGAAGGUCCCCAAGAACACAGUGGCCUCCAUUAUUCUUAAAUGGAAUAAGUUUGGAACCACCAAGACUCUUCCUAGAGCUGGCCGCCCGGCCAAACUGAGCAAUCGGGGGAGUAGGGCCUUUGUCAGUGAGGUGACCAAGAACCCGAUGGUCACUCAGACAGAGUUCUAGAGUUCCUCUGUGGAGAUGGGAGAACCUUCCAGAAGGACAACCAUCUCUGCAGCACUCCACCAAUCAGGCCAUUAUGGUAGAGUGGCCAGACAGAAGCCACUCCUCAGUAAAAGGCACAUGACAGCCCGCUUGGAGUUUGCCAAAAGGCACCUAAAGACUCUCAAACCAUGAGAAACAAGAUUAUCUGCUCUGAUGAAACCAAGAUUGAACUCUUUGUGUCAUGUCUGGAGGAAACCUGGCACCAUCCCUACGGUAAAGCAUGGUGGUGGCAGCAUCAUGCUGUGGGGAUGUUUUUCAGCUGCAGGGACUGGGAGACUAGUCAGGAUCAAGGCAAAGAUGAAUGGAGCAAAGUACAGAGAGAUCCUUGAUGAAAACCUGCUCCAGACUGGGGCGAAGGUUCACCUUCCAACAGGACAAUGACCCUAAGCACACAGCCAAGACAACGCAGGAGUGGCUUCAUGACAAGUCUCUGAAUGUCCUUCAGUGGCCCAGACAGAGAACGGACUUGAACCCGAUCGAACAUUUCUGGUAAGACCUGAAAAUAGCUGUGCAGCAACGCUCCCCAUCCAACCUUACAGAGCUUGAGAGGAUCUGCAGAGAAGAAUGGGAGAAACUCCCCAAAUACAGGUGUGCCAAGCUUGUAGCGUCAUACCCAAGAAGACUUGAGGCUGUAAUCGCUGUCAAAGGUCCUUCAACAAAGUACUGAGUAAAGGGUCUGAAAAUGUAUGUAAAUGUCAUAUUUCAGGUUUUUAUUAUUUAUAAAUUAGCCCAAUUUUCUAAACACCUGUUUUUGCUUUGUCAUUAUGGGGUAUUGUGUGUAGAUUGAUGAGGGAAAAAAACAAUUUAAUCAAUUUUAGAAUAAGGCUAUAAUGUAACAAAAUGUGGAAAAAGUCAGUGUCUGAAUUCUUUCCAAAUGCACUGAUUAUAUUUAAUAUAUCAAAAAUCCCUACUGGGAUUGCAAUGGAAAAAUACACAUUUCUGAGGUCUGAAAAUAAAAGGAACAAUAAAGGUUUUAUGUCCCUUUCUCUCUAUAGUGAUCAAAGGUCUGGAAGCCAAGCAGCUGCCUACAGCAUUCCGGACAGAGGAAGACCUGCUGGCCCAUGUCAUCACCCAGGGGCCCAAGACAGUGGAUGUACCCGCCUCGCUCCCCACACCACCCCAUAACAACCAGGAGGAACUCAGGUGAGCCCUUGGAGGACUUGCAAAUCCACAUUUCAAUGGUAGUCAAGAUAGUUCCUUCCUGGCUUCUGAGGGAGUAACUGUAAUUUUGCAUCUGAACGGAGAGUGGAGUAUUAAAGACAGACUUAUACCCUUCUGAGCCGAGCCAAGCUGUACUGUGCUGGCCUGGUUACAUGAAGGAGCCCAGUGGUUGAACUAGUUUCUCUGAUUCUGUGUACGUCCCAGGAACCAGGACCAUUUUGUGGACAGGGACACCCCUGAUAGCUUCGUCCCCUCCUCGUCCCCCGAGAGUGUGGUCAGCAUGGAGAUCAGCCGCUACCCCGACUUGUCAAAUGUCAAGGAGGAGCCCCCCUCUCCUUGCUCCUCCCCUGUCAUACCCAUGCUGCCUAGCUCCAGCGGGAAAGGUAAGAAUCACACAUACACUCCUGACUGAACUAGAGCUACAAAAAUCCAAUCCAAUUUUAUUAAUCACAUGCUUCGUAAACAACAGGUGUGGACUAACAGUGAAAUGCUUACUUAUGGACCCUGACCAACAAUGCAGAGAGUAAUAAAAUAGAGAAAUAAUAGAAAAGUAAAACACAUAAUAAUUAAAGUAAUAAUAGAUACAUAUAGAGUAACGAUAACUUGGCUAUAUAUACUGAACAAAAAUAAACGCAACAUGCAACAAUGUCAAAGAUUUUACCUGCGACAACUCUGGUUGACAUUCCUGCAGUCGGCAUGCCAAUUGCACGCUCCCUCAAAACUUGAGACAUCUGUGGCAUUGUGUUAUGUGACACAACUGUGGCCUUUUAUUGUCCCCAGCACAAGGUGCUCCUGUGUAAUGAUCAUGCUUUUUAAUCAGCUUCUUGAUAUGCCACACCUGUCAGGUGGAUGGAUUAUCUUGGCUAAGGAGAAAUGCUCACUAACAGGGAUGUAAACAAAUGUGUGCACAGAAUUGGAGAGAAGUAAGCUUUUUGUGCGUAUGGAACAUUUCUGGGAUAUUUUAUUUCAGCUCAUGAAACAUGGGACCAACACUUUACAUGUUGCGUUUUAUAUUUUUUGUUCAAUAUACAAGGGGUACAAGUACCGAGUCAAUGUGCAGGGGUACGAGGUAUUGAAUGGUCCGUGGAUACUAGGAAUAAAGUGACAGAUAGUAAACAGUAGCAGCAGCAGCAGCAGCGCAUGUGAUGAGUCAAUGCAGAUAGUCCGGGUGGCCAUUUGGUUAACUAUUUAACUAUUUAUCAGUCUUAUGGCUUGGUGGCAGAAGUUGUUCAGGGUCCUGUUGGUUCCAGACUUGUUGCAUCGGUACCACUUGCGUGCGGUAGCAGAGAGAAAAAAUCUAUGACUUGGGUAUCUGACUAUUUUUAGGGCCUUCCUCUGACACCGCCUGGUAUAGAGGUCCUAGAUGGCAGGGAGCUCGGCCCCAGUGAUGUACUGGGCCGUACGCAGUACCCUCUGUAGCGCCUUGCGGUCAGAUGCCAAGCAGUUGUCAUACCAGGCGGUGAUGCAGCCGGUCAAGAUGCUCUCAGUGGUGCAGCUGUAGAACUUUUUGAGGAUCUGAGAGGCCAUCGCAAAUUUUUUCAGCCUCCUGAGGUGGAAGAGGUGUUGUCAUGCCCUCUUCACGACUGUGUUGGUGUGUUUGGACCAUGAUAAAUCCUUAGUGAUGUGGACACCAGGAACUUGAAGCUCUCAACCUGCUCCACUAGAGCCCCGUCGAUGUGAAUGGGGGCGUGUUCGGCCCUCCGUUUCUUGUAGUACACGAUCAGCUCCUUUGUCUUGCUGACUUUGAGGGAGAGGUUGUUGUCCUGGCACCAUACUGCCUGGUCUCUGACAUCCUCCCUAUAGGCUGUCUCAUCGCCGUCGGUGAUCAGGCCUACCACCGUUGUGUCGUCGGCAAACUUAAUGAUGGUGUUGGAGUCGUGCGCAGCCACGCGGUAGUGGGUGAACAGGGAAUACAGGAGGGGACUAAGCAUGCACCCCUGAGGGCCCCCUGUGUUAUUUUAUAGUUAUGUUGAGUCAUAAGAAGUUUUGCUUGUUAGCAAUACUAAUCAUUAAGUAGCCAUUGUAUGGGUAAAUAUCUUUAAUAAUAAUUCUCAGGCCAGGGUUGUACAAGCAUAAUUUGUGUUAGUUCCUCUAAUAUUAGAUUGUAUGGUUGUUCCCCUCAGGGACUGAGAUUAACCAAGAGGUCAAGACUGAACCCUCAAGCUCCUUCUUUGGGUUCGGACAGGCUCCCUCCUGCUCCACAGCUGGCCUGGUAUCCAUAGCUAUCACCUUGAAUCCGGACGCAGCGGAGGUGAGUGGUUAAACGCAACUGUAAACAACACAUUUUGACUAUUAUAGUUGAUUUGAUCUUAGACACAUUUUCAGCUAGAGACUAAAUGGCAGUAGACAUACUGAAAACAUACAUUUAAAUAAACUACUGGGUAACCAAGCCAGACCAUAUGCAACACAUACAAGAUAGACAAAAUGGGUUGUCUCGCAAAGGUCUGUUGUUGUAUUGACCACCACUGGCUAUGAACUUAUUUGACCUCCCUGACCCUUCCGAACCUGCAGAACAUCCCUGGCAUGGUGGCUGCGGUGGCCGACCUGCUGUGUGUGAACAUCCCCGUUAGCUACGAGGUGAGCCGCGGCCCCGAGCGUAGCUCCCUGGCCCUGCUGGCUGGAGUCCAGGUACCUCAGAUCCAGGGCAUGGACCCCCACCACGCGGCCAUGUUACCCCAGCACCAGCAGCCCUCCACCAUGAGGUUCCUGAGACCCCCCAGACCGCCCAACCAUCAGCCACCUACCAGCGCUGGUCAGUACACACCAGCAAUCAAACUUUAAUCUACUGAUAGUAACAACUGAUAGUGAUGGGAGAAAUAGGGUUUCUGGCCCACAGAGCUAGUAAAAUCAUGGUGGAACCAUAACUUUAAGUUAAACUAUUUCGCAGCAGUCUCUCUUACUCCAUUUUAAAGGAAAGAUUCAACCUUUCCAUUGCGUGAGGAUUGGUUGAUUUCUAGUUUAAGUAUACGUUUUAAGUAUAAGCAAUUUCAACACUCUUUUUCAGUUUGUACUAGCUAUUUUUGUAAAUCACUUUUCGCUUAGUAAAUUACAGGAAAAGAAGCACUGUCAUUAACUGAUUUUCCUGUUACUUUCCAUAAAAACAAUUGUCUGUUUAGAAAAGAUUUUGAACAAAGAGCUAGGCAUGGAAAUACCAGUCUGUGUAUGAGCCAGAGCCCUCUGAUACUCUGAGGAUAGUCCUAUCUAGCCUUUAUUGAUCAUGUCUGAGAUUUGAAGUAAAUGAAAUUCUCUAAUGAUUGGGGAGGAUGAACCUGUUAGCUCUCCUGUUAGGUCUUCGGUUCCAGACUUUCAAAGUAUAAUAUGUCAGAGGUCGUCUAAUUUUGAUUUUGAAGAAGCCCUUUGAAAUGACCCCAAAGCAAUCGUAGUAGCGCUCUGUUUCAUUACCGGUCUUUCACCCAGGUGUUUUUAUUGACUAAUGGAUGUUGAAAUGGCAUGUUUUGUAGGUUGAUACAUUUCAGUUGUUUGUGUUUUAGGUACGGCUGCCAGGGGAGACGGGCCUAAACCCCUGUGGUGCUGCCACUGCAAGGUGCUGGUUCUGGGAAAUGGAGUCCGCAUGUCCACCAAAGACCUACCCUGCAGCAAACGGGUAAGCCCCAGAUCAGUUGUUGCUCGACUGAAGCAAGGAUUGUUAGUUAAUUUGAACACGUUUAAUCAUUUGAAUUGUAUAAGACUGAAAGUAAUUCCUAUUGUAUCUACAGUGAACAGUAUCAGUUUGGUUGCUGAGGAAUGAGAUUUAUCUGAGCCAAAAUGUCCAACAAAAGGAAUGAAAUAAAGAAAAGCUAAGGCCUGCUUUUAUGAACUUAUCAACCCCUCCUCUUUGCCUUUGGGAUUGACAGUAUUUUUUUUUGCGUUAUAAAAAUGUGUCACCAUUUGCUCUUAGUUCCUCCAGGCUCCCUUAUGUACCAUCCAUAUAAAGAGCUCAAGAGCUUGAGGUCAAAGUAUACUUUGAGGACUUCAAAGUAUGCGACCUGCCUCAAGUCCUCCCUUAGGGGGGCAUGUAGAAAACGGUUGCCUUAUUAUGCUAAUCCCCGCUCCCUUUGGGGAAGUAACGAUCCGCCCCAGAACAAUUACCAGGUUGCCCGCCUGACCCCAGAGGGACCACUGCCACGACACACUUACUUAUUUACCACGGGAUGAGUCGAGAUGGCUCGAGUUGAGCAAGCGGGUGGAGUAUGUAAAUGCAAGGAUGUUUAAAUCAGGAGUUACCUUUGAUGUCUUUCUCCUCCUCCCGCCAGCUCACACACAUGCACACACACAAUAUGCAAAUGUCCCGACUCUUUAUGGCGUCAACACAAGGUCUGUGGCACAGCAGGCUCUUUGAUCCAUAGAUUCCCAUGUGUAGUAAUCUUGAGGAUCACUUUCAGGAGUGCAUAUAGGGUAGUAGUUGUUUCUGGACAGUGCCUGACUGCGUGUCUCAUGCAUGUUCCGGCAGAGUGGCCUUGUCUGUGACCUGGUCAUGUUCAUUAAGGCAAAACGUUUUGCAACGGAAAACAAAAAUUAGCGUUUCUAAUUGCACAGGUUGUUAGUACCUGCAUGUUUCACUGUUUCAGAGCCGUUUCGUACUUUUUGUACAUGAUGUUGACUUGUCUCUGCUUUCCACAGGAGAGACCGGACCGGGCGGGGGGCAGCAUGGUCUUCUGCAGCCAUAACUGUUUCGUCCUCCACGCCACUGCCACACAGUCCAAAGCCACGGACAGUAAGGUGUGUAUCUCUAACUGUACUUAACUCUAGUUCUCUUUUGCUCUCUUAGCUUUUUGAGAGAACCUCACUGAUACCAGUAUGGUAUGUAGACAAUUUGUACAGUCGUGAAAAUCCUGGAAAAGUCCUGGAAUGUUUUUAAUGGUGUUUUCCAGGUCUGGAAAAGUUUUGGAAAAGUCAUGUAAAUGAAUUUCAUAGUUUCUGUUAAUGUAAUUUAUUUAGGCACAGUUUUUAAAUAUUUCAUCAAUGGAAUAAAAAUCGACAUAUCAGCCAGGAUCGGAAUGACACUUUAGUGCAUCUGUGUUUGCACGCAUCACCUGCACCUCCCGAGUGGCGCAGUGGUCUAAGGCCACUAGAGAUCCUGGUUCGAAUCCAGGCUCUGUCGUAGCCGGCCGCGACCGGAAGACCCAUGGGGCAGCGCACAAUUGGCCCAGCGUCGUCCAGGGUAGGGGAGGGAAUGGCCGGCAGGGAUGUAGCUCAGUUGGUAGAGCAUGGCGUUUGCAACGCCAGGGUUGUGGGUUCGAUUCCCAUGGGGGGCCAGUAUGAAAAAAUAAAAAUGAUGUAUGCACUCACUAACUGUAAGUCGCUCUGGAUAAGAGCGUCUGCUAAAUGACGUAAAUGUAAGACGAGUGGGCCGUUGCUCAAGGAGAGAGAGACAGUCGGGCAUUGCAUUAGCAGGUAGGCCUAGCCUAUAAAAUAUGAUAGAGACAGACUAAAACUAAGGUCGAUGUCCGCGCCCCCGCAAAAAUCUUAUUAGCAUAAUACAAAAAUUAAAGUUUCCUGAUCUUUCUUAUAUCUCAGAUAUAGGACAGACAGUUCAGAACAAACUUCCUUUAGAUUUUGGGGGGGGGACUAUCUGUUGUUCCAUGUAAAGGAAUCUGUUGUUCCAUGUAAAGGAAUCUGUUGUUCCAUGUAAAGGAAUCUGCUGUUCCAUGUAAAGGAAUCGGUUGUUCCAUGUAAAGGAAUCUGUUGUUCCAUGUAAGGGAAUCUGCUGUUCCAUGCAGUGAAUCUGCUGUUCCAUGCAGUGAAUCUGUUGUUAAAUGCUUUUGAAUGGGCUAAUAGCAGUAAUGCCAAAAAUAAUUUUAUCAAAUAAUUCUUUCCUAUUUUUUUGUACUUCAAGGGGUCUUAAAAUUCAAAAUCAAAUAGCAAAAUGAUCCUUGGUAUGACCUUAAAACAAUUCCAUAUAGCUUAGCCCCCCGGCUUAGAAAAAGCUUAGACUCUUAUGGGUUAACUGUUUAGCUAUUAUUAGCAUGUAAUGUUUUCGUCAUGUCCCAAAAAACUUUCCACCGACACUUGCAAAUAAGGCCAUAAAAACUUUCUUUACUUUUUUGAAUGAUUCAUAUGUUUAAUUUAACUAUUAUUUUUGAAAAAAUGAAUGAUUCACUUCGCCAUUAUUUGGGAUUCGUUCAAUUGCGGUGAAUCUAAUAAUUUGAAUCGAAAUCAUUUGUGAAUUGUGAACAGUAAUUUUAGGAAAAAAUAGUAGAUGUAGCCUUUCUUUUGGAUUAUGUGGCUUCAAAACUUGUUUAUUAGAUACUUCUAGUUGAUUUGGAUGUAUGGGACAUUGCAACUCAAUAUAUGCUAGUCAGCCUGCAAAGUAAACACUUCUAAGGUAGCUAAGAUAAAUAUGACUAAACUAGAAAAAAGUACAUUUCCUGAAGAAAAUGUGUGGGCUUGCUUCAGCUGAAUAAAAAUAUUUGCAGCCUACUAUAGCCAUUUGAUCUUUGAUAUAUUGAAUGAGCGAAUUAUUUCAAAAGGCAUCAAACGUGUUCGGUUGUAAUGUUAUACAUCAAGGGUGGUCAACCAUUCUCCAGGAGAGCUAAUGGCUUUUAUUCCCCUCUAACAAACCACAUUUUAGAAAUUAGCUGCUCAACCGGACCUUGAUAAACGGGCUCUGAGGUGUUUGAGCAGGGCUUUAUCAAAAGCCUGCACACUUAGUAGCUCUCCAGACUGAGGGUUGACCACACAUGUUUUAUACAGUUGCCUAACAGGUAUUCUACUGUGGGGGGUUAAGUACCUUGCUCAACGACAGGAGAUGGUACAUGGGAUCAGAGAGCAGCCUCCCAGUGUCUAUACCACAUCACUUUUUCAUACGUACAGUCGUGGUCAAAAGUGUUGGAAUGACACAAGUAUUGGUCUUCACAAAGUUUGAUGCUUCAGUGUUUUUAGAUAUUUUUGCCAGAUGUUACUAUGGUAUACUGAAGUAUAAUUACAAGCAUUCCAUAAGUGUCAAAGGCUUUUAUUGACAAUUACAUUAAGUUUAUGCAAAGAGUCAAUAUUUGCAGUGUUGACCCUUAUUUUUCAAGACCUCUGCAAUCCGCCCUGGCAUGCUUUCAAUUAACUUCUGGGCCACACCCUGACUGGGUUUUUGUUUGUCCACCCGCCUCUUGAGGAUUGACCACAAGUUCUCAAAUGGGAUUAAGGUCUGGGGAGUUUCCUGGUCAUGGACCCAAAAUGUUGAUGUUUUGUUCCCCGAGCCACUUAGUUAUCACUUUUGCCUUAUGGCAAGGUGCUCCAUCAUGCUGGAAAAGGCAUUGUUCGCCACCAAACAGUUCUUGGAUGGUUGGGAGAAGUUGCUCUCGGAGGAUGUGUUGGUACCAUUGUUUAUUCAUGGCUGUGUUCUUAGGCAAAAUUGUGAGUGAGCCCACUCCCUUGGCUGAGAAGCAACCCCACACAUGAAUGGUCUCAGGAUGCUUUACUGUUGGCAUGACACAGGACUGAUGGUAGCGCUCACCUUGUCUUCUCCGGACAAGAUUUUUUCCGGAUGCCCCAAACAAUCGGAAAGGGGAUUCGUCAGAGAAACUGACUUUACCCCAGUCCUCAGCAGUCCAAUCCCUGUACCUUUUGCAGAAUAUCAGUCUGUCCCUGAUGUUUUUCCUGGUGGUGCCCUGAUCCCGCAGCUGAAUCAACUUUAGGAGACGGUCCUGGUGCUUGCUGGACUUUCUUGGGCACCCUGAAGCCUUCUUCACAACAAUUGAACCUCUCUCCUUGAAGUUCUUGAUGAUCCGAUAAAUGGUUGAUUUAGGUGCAAUCUUACUAGCAGCAAUAUCCUUGCUUGUGAAGCCCUUUUUGUGCAAAGCAAUGAUGACGCCAUGUGUUUCCUUGCAUGUAACCAUGGUUAACAGAGGAAGAACAAUGAUUUCAAGCACCACCCUCCUUUUAAAGCUUCCAGUCUGUUAUUCUCACUCAAUCAGCAUGACAGAGUGAUCUCCAGCCUUGUCCUCGUCAACACUCUCACCUGUGUUAACGAGAGAAUCACUGACAUAAUGUCAGCUGGUCCUUUUGUGGCAGGGCUGAAAUGCAGUGGAAAUGUUUUUUGGGGGAUUAAGUUCAUUUUCAUGGCAAAGAGGGACUUUGCAAUUAAUUGCAAUUAAUCUGAUCACUCUUCAUAACAUUCUGGAAUAUAUGCAAAUUGCCAUAAUCAAAACUGAGGCAGCAUACUUUGUGAAAAUUAAUAUUUGUGUCAUUCUCAAAACUUUUGACCACGACUGUACAUAGAGACGUCGCCAAUUGUUGGUCAUGGAAAUGUUGUUAAGUCAUGGAGAAGUCAUGAAGAAGUAUGUCCAAAAAAAAGUCCAUCUGUCAAAAUGUGUAUGAAAGUUGGUAUUGUUAUAAAAGUUUGGACUCUGUAGAUGUAGUAGAAAUAUUUGACUCAAAAAGUAGUCAACUUAAAAAUAUUUCUCAAGAGACUGGAACUUGUGAAUUUAGACUUUUAUUAUUUGCAUAACAAAGCCGAGCUUGCUCCAUGGAGCAACUGCUUGCCCUGAACCGGAGCGCUCCUUUUAUACAGACACAAAUGCAUAGUCACACUGAUACAACAUAGUUACUCUUCCCUAUGUGAAUGAAUAACAUCUUUCUGUAUCACAUGUUGGCUACUCACGAGGGCUACUUGCGCUUCUCUAAGUGGGGCCUCUGUAUCUUAUUAGUGGCAUGACUCAAAAAAUUAUGUACAUACGUACGUUAAAGAACAAUCACACUCUGUAUUGACUAUAUUCACUGUCCAGGCAUGCAUCUGGAGUACAAAGUAUCAAUCAUGUUCAUUCUGUUUUACCUUUAUCAUUUCAUAACACAUUAUAAAACAUAUCAAUUAAUACUUAAACAUGGUUUAAACAUGUCAUCCAUAACCCAUUCUCAACCACAUACAUUUAAGCAUUUAUAAUUUACCAUCCUCCCUGGCCCUUGAGAUUAUGUGCAUGUGGCUAUGUGUGAGGUCAUAAGCACAAACAAAUGUUAACACUAGUUCCAUUGUUACUCCAAUCUCCACACAGCCAUCACGAGGAGUUGUAUCUCCAUCACAUGUCAUUGACAUACCCAGACCAGCUGCAGGGAGUUUAUGAAAAACACAUAAAUGUCUCUGCUCUGUAUUAACCCUUCAACUGGUUCUCAAUCCAUAAACAUUUUAAGGCAUAUAGGUGUUUAAUUCUACAACAUAUGUACUUGAAAAUCAUCUAUAUAUAUUCCCCCCUUUGGGACUUUCUAAGUCCCAACCAAUAAAACAAAAGAUAACAUAAAAUGAGUGUAAGCAUGUGCAUAUACUUAUUCUUAGCCUUGCCAUCUGUGGUUACAUUUUAUAAGAAUAUAUAUUCAGACCAAUGUAUCUUCCUCAUUGUCUGACCCAUCCUGAUGAGGACAAGGAGCCCAGUCAGGUAUUGGUUACAAGUCUUGAAGGUUUCCCUCUAAGCUAACCUCCAAUUGUUGCUGUUGAGCUUUGUAACCAUUGCUCCCCUUUUUGUUUUGUUGUAUUUCCAAUAUACGUGGUAGUAUCCUAACACAUCAAAAUAUAUAAGAAAUAAAUGCAACUUUGUUUUAACCAUAAUAUCUAGGACAUGUUAAGAAUGGUGUCAACAUCUUUAGCUUACAUAACCUUUUUUACCCAUAUCACAAUUAUUAUAACAAUCAAAAUAAUCAAUAUCUAAUCCAUUAAUUGCAAUGUCAACAUCAUUAGUUAUUAACAUAUUAAUAACUUAUUCAAAUCAAUCAGUCACCUUAUAAUUCAUAGUCAUUAUCAGAUUAAUUACCCAAAACAAAUUUAGAAUGACAAUUCUUAGUUAUUCACUUUGGUUCCAUCAUUCAAAGUUAAAUCUCUCACCUUGGCACAUAUUGACACUGGCAGAAUGUAUAUUUAUACUAUCAUAAUUCUAGCAUUAACUUCCUCAUAACAAGAAUUACAACAGAUCAUUAUCUUAAUACAUUCCUAGUCUAAAUUACUAUACAUUUAGCAGUGUAUAAUACCUCCUUAAUCAACAUACUACCUUAACUAACACUCCCUUACUCUACCGGCACUCAAUCUUCUGGCGUCUUCAUUAUGUUCUUCAGAUAGCUUCAUAGUUCAUCUUGGAUUGCCCAUGGCAAUGUCCCAAUUCCAAUGUCACACCUGAGCCGCCCCACCUCCACCAUCAUUCUGUUUUGUCAAUUUGCAAACCAGUAUACCCAAACUACGAAGAACGUUGCAUUGGCAUAGACCUCUCUCUUCCUGCUCACUCCACAUGGACUCCUGUCACAUUCUUGAGAGAAAAGGCACAAAAGAGAAGGCAAUUGAUUGCUUUGAUUUGAUGCUGGAUUCAGGUCUCCUGGCAGAGGUGGUGUCGGACAGGAACGUCUUCAGCGCCUUUGUUGUUCCUCUUCAGCCGGGUAGAGUUUUUUUUAUUUUAUUGAGGUUCACACCGCUCUGGACCGAAUCAUUUCUACUAUGCAUUACAACACCAUCUGUAAUAACGUCUUGAAUGUCUGGAAUCUCUCGGUGGUCUGGAAUCUCUCGGCGGUCUGGAAGGUCUUGGAAGUCUCGGUGGUCUCCUAGUCAUCAGUUCUCUCACUCUGGUACAAUGGUUUAGAUGAUACCCGAUCACGCUCCCCUCUAUCCGUACCGCUGAUGGUGUAACCUGGACGAUGAUGUAUGGACACCUUUAGCUGCUAACCUUCUCCCAUCACUAGGGUCUCCGGAUCAGCCAGAGUCCCUCUCAAUCUAUCGACAUCGGUCUGCGAUGAGUGUCCUUCUAUCAGCCUACCCAUAGGGAAGCUCGGAGUUACUGCUGCAAAGACACAAGCACAGACACACACAAAAGACAACAAUGCUACCCAAUGGCUGAGGUUGGAACACUCCUAUAGUGGGAAACAUGGAUCUAAGCAUCUGUCUCCACCACUUUUACCAUCAUUAAGGUAGCCAACAACACCUGGUACAGGCCCCUCCACAUAGGGUCUUUCCAGUUCUUUCUUCUGUAGUCUUUUGCCAUCACAUAGUCUCCAGGGCACAGAAAAUACUCAGAUUCUCCUACUCAGUUGGGCAGAGUUAUCUUCACCCAUGAACAGAAAAUCUUAAGAACAUUGUUAGGUUAGGUGAGACACAGCAUGCUACUUAUGUCCUCUCAUACGUCAAGAGAAGCCUUGAAAUUAUGAAGCACACCUGCUUCCAGCUUGUUGUAGUCCACUUAUUUCAUGCCUCCUAUCACAAAAACAAAAAAGAUUUAACCUAACCCAUAACACAUUAUUACUACUGCUCAUAUCCUUAAUACACCUUGCAUAUUUCCCCACAAAACCAUUAUAAAACAUUAAAACCUCUGUAAGCCCAACUUCCCCCCUUGGACACAUGCAUCAACAAUAUUGCCUAUUAAACCAAAAAUAAUAACUAAACUGAAAAUGACAACCCUUGAGCAUAUCUUUACUUAACUAUAUCCCAUAACACUAUUCAAGGAAUACCUCUCCUUCAGGACUAACUCUCUCACUUCAUCCUUGUCCUGUUUGGACUAAUAUAUAUAUAGGAUUUUGUCCAAAUUAUAAACUUCUUCACAAUUAUCCUUAUUAUAUCUAACCCCCUAAUAUAGCAUGCCUCUAGAAUUUAUAGUGCGGGUGAUCAGGUCACACUAUAAAGCCAGGACAGAUUUCAGAGGUCAUUGAAAUCAUUCAAUGAAUUGUUUCAUCCAAUAAUAUACUACUCAUUAAUAACCAUCAAGACAUUUCAUAAAUGUUGUAUCCCGAGUGUACAGUAAGUCCUUAGUACAGCUCUUUUCAAAAUAAAUCACACAUAUUUACUUAUCACUCAGUAAAUAAAACCCAACUUACAUGUGUAUGCCCCUUUAAGAUAUUUCACUUCCAUCCCGUCAAAAAACCCAAAAUAGAAAUCAAAAUCCUAUACAGAAUAACAUUUCAUACUAAGUAGUUUGUUUGUGGUUAUUCGAACACCAUAUAGUAAAACAAUAAACAAACAAAAAUGGCCAGGCCUUAUUUAUUUUGAUAGCUCCCUAUGACAACCUAAAAAUAAAACUACUUGAUUUUACUAACUAGUUCCACCCUAGCCUACAGACUUUUUUAACAUCCCAAUGAGAUAUAAAAAAAAUCCCCAUGUUCCUGGAAGAGAAAGUAUACAUGUCGUUAACAUAUAAUCAACAAUCCAAAGAUAGUAAUUACACACAAAACAUCAUACAUCUAUCCCCAGUCCUAUCUCAUCAACAAUCAUUGGUAUCAAUCUCACUCCUUUUUAGUAAUUUAAACAUCGCAAACUGUUGCAUUUAUGUUUAUUUUAUUUUAUAUAAACCUAUUGUUUCAUAAUCCAAAACCCAUAAAAAGAUGUCUACUUAAUCCAUCAGGCCAACAGCAACAACUACCUCCCAUCGUUCAACGUACUAUAAACAAAUUAUCGUUAUCUGAAGUAAUAAACCAUCGUCAUAACUCACUGCUGUUUAAACAAACUAUACAAUGUCAUAAUAAAAUUAUCAAUUAUCAAAUAUUGUUCCUUAUUCAACUAUCGAGACAUGUUCUUCAUUAGUAAAUCGUCUCCACAAAGCAAUACUACCUAAUAACAUAUUCUCAUUCUCCUAAAUAGAAAUAAUUACUUCUAUUAAACAAUCCCAUUCAACAUCAAGUCAACCUGUCUCAUCACCCAAUUAACCUUUUUUUUUUAAACCCUCUACCGCUAAUUUCCCUCAUAACGGUACCUCAACAGAUGACAAAUUAUUUUAUAUUUAUAGUAAAAACCAAUAAAACAUCCAAUUCACCAAUAUGCAAUUUUAAUUACCAUGUUAUCCUAUCCGACAUGGAUUGGUAGGACAACAUCUUUCCUAUAAUGUUAUCAAUGAAACCAGUAAUUCACAUCAAUAGCAUCAAUGUAAAAUAUUUGCUUUCUGUCCCUUACUGGAUUCGAACCAGGGACCCUCUGCACACAUCGACAACAUUCACCAUCGAAGCACCGUUACCCAUCGCUCCACAAAAGCCACGGCCCCCGCAAAGCAUCUACUUCCAGUUCAUAGAGCAAGUGACGUCACCCAACGAAAACCGCACUAGCUCUCACCGCUAACUAGCUAGCAAUUUCCUGCCGAUAAUAUUCAACCUCCUACAACAUACGCGAUCCUUGUACACCUAACUUAACCCAUAAUGUCCCUUAUAACGCUCUCACGUUUCAGCAAGCCCCAAUGUUUAACACCCGCAGACAAAAAUGGAAAUUCUUCCAUUUUUACUAGCAGACCUAAUAAAACACACUUUCAAACAGCGUUCUGCAUUUACCUCUAUCAUAGGGUUUAAAAACGAACUUAACAACAUUAACCAUCCUAAAUUGCCGUAGUAACGUCAUGUUUGGUUCAGUUUAUCUAUUACCAUAUAAGACAUUCACUUCUCCAUGCGUCGUAAACUAUAUCCUAUUUCUCUUGUAAUCAACUAAAAUCAUAGCCACGCAAUUAAACCAUCACUCCGCCAUUACAGAAUGAAUGAGAUCUAUUCAACCAUCCUUUCUAAGUAAGCUACAAGUAACACCAAACACUUGCUGUAGUUUACCAUCAUAUAUUGAAAUCAUCCAUUUAUCACGAUCCAAUUUAUUUAUAAACAUAUUCCACCAUUGUCACUCGUUUAAUCUAGCAAAACCUUAUUCAAUGACAAAAAAAUUACUACCAUGUACUCUCCUCUCCAUACCCGUUAACAUUUUUACAUGUUAGUCAUUUAGCAGAUGCUCUUAUUCCAAGCGAUGCACAAUUAGUGAGCUCAUACAUUUUUAUACUUAUACUAGCCCCCCCUUGGGAAUCGAACACCCAACCCUGGCGUUGCAAGCACCGUGCUCUACCAACUGAGCUUCAGAGGACUACAGAUGAGCGUAUAGUGCCUUUUUCUGAUAAUGUUAUAAUUGUAGUCUAUUGCAUUACUUUAGUUUAAAAUAUAAGUUUGUUUAUUCAACAAAUCUAGAACCCACUAUAAAUUGGUGCUAUUCACUCAGCAUAAUAGCCAAAGCUCCUUGCAUCCCCUGGUUCACGUAACGAAAAUACAUUAUCGUUCUAGAAUUCACCAACUAUUCGCAUACAUCACUGGUGUCACGCAAACUAUAGAAUAAAGUAAUAACAAUUAGAAUGUGUCAAAUAAAUGUUUUCCAUCCAACUAUUCAAACUUGCUUCAAAUAUAUCUUUCAGCUUGAUACAGUCAAGCAAGUACGACUCUCUUUUACCCGGAAACUAGUUCAUGGCAUUAGUAAAGUCUAUUCACAUCCCAACAAUAACUAAUAAUAUAUUUAUAUUCAUAUUAUUAAAAUACCUUACUUUCAUUCCAGUCUACCUAAACAAUUCAAAUUAUGGCCAUAACUCUAUCGCAAUUGCCAGUCCGCUAUUUAAAUGUAUGUAACUGUCCUUUCUGAUUAGACUAUAGACACUCCUCCUUCUUUCCCGUUGAAUAAGUGAGUCCUUCAGUCUGAAAAGACGCAGGCUGCUAAAUCGUCCAGUCUUAUCCUGACUGUUCCAUCAAUCGAAACAACCCACAACCAUAGUUGAACUAUACUUAGAAAACCUAGACUCUGAUCAGCGAUGCAGAAUCUAUGCUUUAUUGAAAAGACAAGUUAAUCCUCCUUUAUUUCAAUGAUAAUGGUCAGUAGUUUUAGUAUCUGGCACAUACCACACUUUAUCAGAAAAUAGCUUUGAAGGACACAGAUCUCACACGCUCAACGUAAACAACUUAGCAGUCAACGAGUCAAACCCCACAUUCAUUGAUUUGGAAACAGAUCUAACGACCUAACCAAAUGAAUUAUAUUUUCCCCUAAUAUACUAAAAUUCCAUGACUAUAUCACCUCUGCUUCUGAAAUAAUAGAUAGUUUAUUAUAAUGCUUAAUUCCACCACAUGCUCUAUGUACUUUCUCCCAUCCCCACGUACGUCUGUACGUGUUUGGGCGUGCAAGUCAACACCUAUAAUUUUAUCCAAUGACUUGUAAUAAAUUACACUCCCAUAAAAUUCAUUAUAUUCUAAUAUAUUCACAUCAACCAAACCAUUCAUGUUACUAAUAAUUAUUUAUUGCCACAAAUCAGUUAAUCACAAUCUAGUCUCAGCGGAACGAACAACAAAUUACCCAAAUCCUUUCCCUCAGUCAUAGAAUCCUCCCAGAAUCAUAUAUGCUGGUCACUAUUCCCUGAUCUUACAAAAUUCUAUGACAGGCAUUGUUGUACGAAACUCCAAGAUAUCAUUUACAAGAAAAGCUUAUUAUUCCAACGUAUUAGGGGUGUAACGAUCCAUCUACUACAUCGAUGUAUCGAUUUAUAUUCCUAUGAUCCAACUACAUCGAUCUGUGCUCGGCGAGUUGGCCUUUUGGACAACAUAUAUCAAUCUAACAUCGUUUUAAAAUGUAAUAAAUCGAUUGUAUCGAUACUAGGAAAUAACCCAUUGGAUUUAAGCACGUCAGACUUUAUAUGGAUGUUUUUUCUUAGCACUUUUAAUGAUAAAGGCUUUAAACAUUACUCGAUUCAGUCUGCCUAUCCGUGACGUCAUCGCCCCGCGCCAGCAGCAGCGCAAAGGCGCAAAGACAACAAAACAUAGCAUGGCGGACGACAGAGGAGAAGCCGACGAGCGAGAAAUUAUCAAGCCACCAUUGCGGUCCUUACAAGAAACAGGAAUCUAGGAAACUUCACCUGCACUGUCCAGUAUCCAGGUAUUUAUUUCAGUCACACUGGUUGAAUUUUUGGCUAAAAGGUUACUGAAUCGAUUUCAAGUCACUGAAUCGUUUCGGAUCGUAUCGUUCUAAAUGAACCAAUAUCGUCCUUGAAUCGUAUCGACAACCACGAAUCGUGAUACAAAUCGAAUCGUUGUUAAAACGAAUCGUUACACCCCUACAACGUAUAUAUAAUUAUCAUACACACCUCUAUAUCUCAUCAUUCAAACUUCAGAGUGCGACUAAUUUACACCAUUAUACCACUCUUAUUCCAUAUUUAUACAAUGUUGUUCUCAAAUGUGCUUAAUUACUAUUUGUAUAACCUACAGGAAUAUUUUAUUCUAUCAAAGGGCCCAAAUGUGGAAUGUUAACCCUAUCCUAGUUAUUAUUUUUACUAUAGUCAAUUUAUCAUAAUACUACAUCACCUCUAAAGUUUCCAAAUAUAAUGUCAGAAACAUACCCUAAAAGAUUGAUCAAAAUACAAUGCAUAGACGUCAUAUGAUCACACCGGUACACGUGACCUGUUCCUCCAACAGGAUUUAUUCUACCCCUCCUGGUAACGUGAAUUUUCUACAUUCAGUUGGUCAAUGAAUAUCCACGCACCAUUUAUUCUGAGUGAGAUUGGGCACGCCCUUUCUCCAUCAGACAGAAGCUUCAAACAACCUCAAAUAUAUUUCCUUUCCUUACAGAAAGGCUAUUUACUUGCAGGAUUUCUGAUUAUUCUCACUCACACAGAUGAGCAGCCACUUGUGCCCAAAUGAAUCAGACAGUUGAAUGACUCACAGCCGCCCAAGCAAACCAUUCACCCCAUACGAGAUGAGCAGACCUACUCUAUUUAACACUUUCUCUAUAUUUUGAAGCCCUUGUGGCUAUUUAACCCGUUCACCUUCUCAGGAUGACCUAACUUUUUUACCUGAUCAACCCUGCCUAACUUUAGCAUCACCACAACACAGGAUGAUGCCCCACCUACCCGAGCAGACCUCUAACAAUGAAUUCCUCAUUAGAGCGGUAACCGUAGGUCCCAAAUUUAGCUAGCCACCUGCCUGUUCAGCCCUCUGGAGCGCUAAUUUUAGCUCUCCAAAGCGGUAUCCACAGGAUUUCUAUUUAUUUAGACACACCUGGACUUCUACUACGCUUUCCUAAGCGACCUGUAAAUUCUGCCCUAUUUUUUCUGAUACACUUCCUCGACACAGAAAAAUAAGCGGUAUUACACAGGAUUUCUGCCUACCUAAGCAGCCUAUAAACGAUACACUUCCUCGACACGUUUAUAGCGGUAUUCGCAGGACUUAACAUGUUAUUGUCUGAUCGCUCAACCAGAUGGACAACCGCCCGUGCCGAAAUGACCCAGACAAAGCGAUCAGCAGGAUGAAUCAAAUCAAUCAAAUCAAUUGAACAGACGGUUCAGACGAACAACAGAGUGACAUCGACAUGUAUUCUUAAAUUCAAAAGCUCCUAGUCUCUAAUUUUCUGGUUCUUAAAUUUGGAGAGACCUACUUGGUAUUUCUGCAGCUGAUGCCGUGCCCCGGAUCGGACCACACAAACGUUAUACUAUAUAAGUAAGAACUUGGCUUACCUGUUAAAAGCGGCCGCUUUUGUUUCGUUUCAUAACUGCAGAUGUACACCGUCUCUGGCCCCUGUUGUCAACUCCUGGCAAGCUCGCCAAAUAUGUAGUAGAAAUAUUUGACUCAAAAAGUAGUCAACUUAAAAAUAUUUCUUAAGAGACUGGAACUUGUGAAUUUAGACUUGUAUUAUUUGCAUAACAAAGCCGAGCUUGCUCCAUGGAGCAACUGCUUGCCCUGAACCGGAGCGCUCCUUUUAUACAGACACAAAUGCAUAGUCACACUGAUACAACAUAGUUACUCCUCCCUAUGUGAAUGAAUAACAUCUUUCUGUAUCACAUGUUGGCUACUCACGAGGGCUUCUUGCGCUUCUCUAAGUGGGGCCUCUGUGUCUUAUUAGUGGCAUGACUCAAAAAAUUAUGUACAUACGUACGUUAAAGAACAAUCACACUCUGUAUUGACUAUAUUCACUAUUCAGGCAUGCAUCUGGAGUACAAAGUAUCAAUCAUGUUCAUUCUGUUUUACCUUUAUCAUUUCAUAACACAUUAUAAAACAUAUCAAUUAAUACUUAAACAUGGUUUAAACAUGUCAUCCAUAACCCAUUCUCAACCACAUACAUUUAAGCAUUUAUCAUUUACCAUCAUCCCUGGCCCUUGAGAUUAUGUGCAUGUGUGAGGUCAUAAGGUCAUAAGCACAAACAAAUGAUAACACUAGUUCCAUUGUUACUCCAAUCUCCACACAGCCAUCACGAGGAGUUGUAUCUCCAUCACAUGUCAUUGACAUACCCAGACCAGCUACAGGGAGUUUAUGAAAAACAAAUAAAUGUCUAUGCUCUGUAUUAACCCUUCAACUGGUUCUCAAUCCAUAAACAUUUUAAGGCAUAUAGGUGUUUAAUUCUACAACAUAUGUACUUGAAAAUCAUCUAUAUAGAUUGCAUGGAAAAUGAGUGGAUUUAUGUGUUCAUGUAAGCACAGUCAAAAAGCAGGUGGAAUUGUUUUACAUGGUCUAACAAUGACCAAAGCUGGGCAAACAUAGAUGCCAUUACUGAGAGGUAUUUUCAUGAGACUUUUCAUUGGAUUGCUAAUGAGUAAACUCUCUUUCGCAGCCAAACAUGUCUCCUCUCUUGCCUGAGUCGUCGGUCAAAGAGAGCCCAUCCAAGGUGCUCCACCAAUAUAGUAACAACAUGUCCACACUGGACGUCCACUGCCUGGCCCAGCUGCAGCCCAACCAGUCGCCCUCCUCCAGCACCCAUCUCAUCUCCUUCCCCGCGGAGAAACCCAAGCCGGACACCCUCAAGGUGACGGUCAAGCUCAAGCCAAGGCCCAGGGCGGUCCACUCAGCUAGCGGGGGAUGUGAUGACAUGUCGCCGCCGCGCCACCACAAGCGCUGGAAGGGCCUGCGUUGGCGCAAAUGGAGCGUGCACAUUGUUGUUCCCACUAGGGGCACCCUACUGUCCUCUCUGCCCGGUGAGGAAGAGGUGGACGAGUUGCUGAGGAAGCUGGGUGCCUCUCUGCGUCCCGAUCCCCUUCCCCGUGACCUUCGGCGUUGCUGCUUCUGCCACGAGGAGGGUGACGGCAUGACGGACGGGCCCGCCCGGCUCCUCAACCUGGACCUAGACUUGUGGGUGCACCUCAACUGCGCACUGUGGUCAUCGGAGGUGUACGAGACGCAGGCGGGCGCCCUGAUCAACGUGGAGCUGGCGCUGCAUCGGGGCAUGGCGGUGCGCUGCGCCUACUGCCAGCAGACGGGCGCCACCAGCCGCUGCCACCGGUUGCGCUGCGCCAACGCCUACCACUUCACAUGCGCCCUCAAGGCCCAGUGCACCUUCUUCAAGGACAAGACCAUGCUGUGCCACCUGCACCGGCCCCGGGGCAUUGGCGGCGGCGAUGGGAGAGGAGGUGACAGGGCCGUGGCGCCCGCCGCUACCCACCACGACCACGAGCUGCGCUGCUUCGCAGUGUUCCGCCGUGUCUAUGUGCAGCGCGAUGAGGCGCGGCAGAUGGCCAGCAUCAUGCAGCAUGGCGAGCGCCGGCACACGUUCCGCGUGGGCAGCCUGGUGUUCCACACUGUGGGUCAGCUGCUGCCCCAGCAGAUGGCCGCCUUCCACUCGGCCAACGCCAUCUUCCCCGUAGGCUACCGGGCCAGCCGCAUCUACUGGAGCACGCGCCACGGCAACCGCCGCUGCCGCUACCUGUGCUCGGUGGAGGAGAACGAGGGCCGGCCAGAGUUUGUGGUGCGGGUGAUGGAACAGGGCUACGACGACCUGGUGCUCACCGGCGCCUCACCCAAAGGUAAGGGGGGGGGGGGUUUGCAGCAACAAAUGUCCAGGCAGUCCCCCUCUGUUUCAAUGUCCAGGUAGUCCAUCUGUUUCAGCAAAUGUCCAGGCAGUCCCCCUCUGUUUCAAUGUCCAGGUAGUCCAUCUGUUUCAGCAAAUGUCCAGGCAGUCCCCCUCUGUUUCAAUGUCCAGGUAGUCCAUUUGUUUCAGUCGUUUGAAUGUCCAGGUAGUCCAUCUGUUUCAGUCAGUUUUAUUUUUUAUUAACUAGGCAAGUCCAUUAAGAACAAGUUCUUAUUUACAAUGACGGCCUACCAAAAGGCAAAAGGCCUCCUGCGGGAACGGGGGCUGGGAUUUAAAAAAUAAAAAUAUCAAUAUAGGACCAAACACACAUCACAACAAGCGAGACAACACUACAUAAAGAGAGACCUAAGACAACAACAUAGCAUGGCAGCAACACAUGACAACACAGCAAGGUAGCAACCCAACAUGGCAGCAGCACAACAUGGUAGCAGCACAAGACAUGGUAUAAACAUUAUUGGGCACAAACAACAGCACAAAGGGCAAGAAGGUAGAGACAACAAUACAUCACGCGAAGCAGCCACAACUGUCAGUAAGAGUGUCCAUGAUUGAGUCUUUGAAUGAAGAGAUGGAGAUAAAACUGUCCAGUUUGAGUGUUUUUUGCAGCACGUUCCAGUCGCUAGCUGCAGCAAACUGAAAAGAGGAGCGACCCAGGGAUGUGUGUGCUUUGGGAACCUUUAACAUAAUGUGACUGGCAGAACAGGUGUUGUAUGUGGAGGAUGAGGGCUGCAGUAGGUAUCUCAGAUAGGUGGGAGUGAGGCCUAAGAGGGUUUUGUAAAUAAGCAUCAACCAUUGGGUCUUGCGAUGGGUAUACAGAGAUGACCAGUUUACAGAGGAGUAUAGAGUGCAGUGAUGUGUCCUAUAAGGAGCAUUGGUGGCAAAUCUGAUGGCCGAAUGGUAAAGAACAUCUAGCCGCUCGAGAGCACCCUUACCUGCCAAUCUAUAAAUUACGUCUCCGUAAUCUAGCAUGUGUAGAAUGGUUAUCUGAAUCAGGGUUAGUUUAGCAGCUGGGGUGAAAGAGGAGCGAUUACGAUAGAGGAAACCAAGUCUAGAUGUAACCUUAGCCUGCAGCUUUGAUAUGUGCUGAGAGAAGGACUGUGUACUGCAGGGUUCUUCAAUUCCGGUCCUCGAGGGCCGAAACACCUCUGUUUUUCAUCCUCUCCUUCUAAUCAGGGGCUAAUUCAGACCUGGGACACCAGGUGAGUGCAAUUCACUACCAGGUAGAAAUAAAAAACAGAAGUGUUUCGGCCCUCCAGGACCGGAAUUGAAGAACCCUGGUGUACCGUCUAGCCAUACUCCCAAGUACUUGUAUGAGGUGACUACCUCAAGCUCUAAACCCUCAGAGGCAUUCUUCUUACCAAACCACAUUACCUUUGUUUUGGAGGUGUUCAGAACAAGGUUAAGGGCAGAGAAAGCUUGUUGGACACUAAGAAAGCUUUGUUGUAGAGCGUUUAACACAAAAUCCGGGGAGGGGCCAGCUGAGUAUAAGACUGUAUCAUCUGCAUAUAAAUGGAUGAGAGAGCUUCCUACUGCCUGAGGUAUGUUGUUGAUGUAAAGUGAGAAGAGCGUGGGGCCUAGGAUCGAGCCUUGGGGUACUGCCUUGGUGACAGGCAGUGGCUGAGACAGCAGAUGUUCUGACUUUAUACACUAUACUCUUUGAGAGAGGUAGUUAGAAAACCAGGCCAAAGACCCCUCAGAGACACCAAUACUCCUUAGCCGGCCGACAAGGAUGGAAUGGUCUACCGUAUCAAAAGCUUUGGCCAAGUCAAUAAAAAUAGCAGCACAACAUUGCUUAGAAUCAAGGGCAAUGGUGAUAUCAUUUAGGACUUUUAAGGUUGCAGUGACACAUCCCUGAGCAGAAACCAGAUUGCAUACCAGAGAGAAUACUAUAGACAGUCAGCUGAAUAUUGACAAGUAUUUCCAACACUUUUGAUAAACAGAGCAAAAUAGAAAUUUGCCUAUAAAUUAGGAUCAUCUUGAUCUCCCCCUUUAAAUAAAGGACGCACCAUGGCUGCCUUCCAAGCAAUGGGAACCUCCCCAGAGAGGAGAGACAGGUUAAAAAGGUCAGAGACAGGCUUGGCGAUUAUAGGGGCUGCAACCUUAAAGAAGAAAGUGUCUAAACGAUCUGACCCAGAUAGUUUUUUUGGUGUCAAGUUUAAGGAGCUCCUUUAGCACCUCGGACUCUGAACGCCUGCAGGAAGAUACUUUGUAGCGGGGCAGGGGAAAAAGAGGGAGGAGCAUCGGGGCUAGUCGCAUUAGAAGGACUGGGAGAUGAGGAAAUGUUGGACGGGCAAGGAGGGCAAGGAGGCAUGGCUGAGUCAAAUAGGAAUCCUGACUUAAUGAAGUGGUGAUUAAAGAGCUCAGCCAUGUGCUCUUUGUCAGUAAUAACCACAUCAUCAACAUGAAUGAGCAUUAACAGCUGUGAGGAGGAGGGUUUAUUCUCCAGGUCUUUAACCAUUUUCCAGAACUUCUUGGGGUUAGACCCACAGAGAGAGAACUGCUCCUUAAAGUAACUAGCUUUAGCCUUCCGGAUAGCCUGAGUGCACUUAUUUCUCAUUUGCCUGAACGAGAGCCAGUCAGCCUGAGUAAGCGUGUGCCAAGCCUUUCGCCAAAUGGAAUUCUUGAGGUGGAGUAACUCUGCCAGAUCACGGCCGAACCAGGGUCUGAACCUGUUUUUAAUUCUCUUUUUCUCUAUGGGGGGCGUGUUUGUUAAAAAUACCACUAAAUAUAUAGAACAGAGGGGAUCAAGCUGAUUCUAUACCAAUUUACAGAGGCCAGGUCAUGAAGGAAGGUUUGCUCAUUAAAGUUUUUUUAGCAAGCAUCUAUGACAAAUCUGGACAGGUCGUUUCACUGAGUAGCCAUUAUGAACACAGGCUGUAAAACAGUGAUCACUAAGGUCAUUACAGAAAACACCAGACUGAUACCUAUCAGGAUUAUUUGUGAGGAUAACAUCAAGGAAAGUAGCCUUUUCUGGGUGUUUGGAGUCAUACCUUUUUUAGGAGGGCCCAUUGCUUUAGGACUUGUUCAGGUGGUUUAAGCAUGUCCCAGUUUAGGUCACCUAGCAGGACAAAUUCAGACUUAGUGUAAGGGGCCAGGAGAGAGCUUAGGGCAGGUAGGGUACAGGCCGGUGCUGAUGGUGGACGAUAACACAGUCAACAAAGAGCUAUUUGAAAGUUUAAUGCUUAAAACCAGCAAAUGAAAUUAUUUGUUUAUCCCAUAUGUAACUGUGUUUUUAUCGCACUGCUUUGCUUUAUCUUGGCCAGGUCGCAGUUGUAAAUGAGAACUUGUUCUCAACUGGCUUACCUGGUUAAAUAAAGGUGAAAUAAAAUAAAUAAAUAAAAUAAAUAUAAAUUGAAGGUAAAGAUUGCUACUCCACCACCUUUGGUGGAAGCGGGAAGCGGCACAGGUCCUAAUACAGGCACUUGUCAUCUCCCGUCUGGAUUACUGCAACUCGCUGUUGGCUGGGCUCCCUGCCUGUGCCAUUAAACCCCUACAACUCAUCCAGAAUGCCGCAGCCCGUCUGGUGUUCAAACUUCCCAAGUUCUCUCACGUCACCCCGCUCCUCCGCACACUCCACUGGCUUCCAGUUGAAGCUCGCAUCUGCUACAAGACCAUGGUGCUUGCCUACGGAGCUGUGAGGGGAACGGCACCUCCGUACCUUCAGGCUCUGAUCAAUCCCUACACCCAAACGAGGGCAUUGCGUUCAUCCACCUCUGGCCUGCUGGCGCCCCUACCUCUGCGGAAGCACAGUUCCCGCUCAGCCCAGUCAAAACUGUUCGCUGCUCUGGCACCCCAAUGGUGGAACAAGCUCCCUCACGACGCCAGGACAGCGGAGUCACUCACCACCUUCCGGAGACACUUGAAACCCCACCUCUUUAAGGAAUACCUGGGAUAGGAUAAAGUAAUCCUUCUACCCCCCCCUUACCCCACCCCCCCCAAAAAAAAAAACAUUGUAAAGUGGUUAUCCCACUGGCUAUAAGGUGAAUGCACCAAUUUGUAAGUCGCUCUGGAUAAGAGCGUCUGCUAAAUGACGUAAAUGUAAAUGUUUGGAAGAUCUGUCUUGCCGAAAAAGGUUAUAACCAGAAAGGUUAACGUCAGUGUUCAAAACACUCUUUCUUAACCACGUCUCAGUAAUGACCAACACAUCUGGAUUGGAGCUUUGAACCCACACUUUCAAUUGAUCGAUUUAAGGUAAUAAGCUUCUUAUGUUCACGUGCAGAAAGCCCAGGCUUUUACGAGAGCUUAAUGUCCAGGUAGUCCAUCUGUUUGUCAGUUUUAAUGUCAAGGUAGUCCAUCUGUUUCAGUCAGUUUUCUUCCAUUAGGUGCCUUCUGAACAUGACCCAGUUGACCUCACUUAUGAAUAUCCCGUCUGUGUUAUGUUGUAGGUGUCUGGGACAAGAUUCUGGAGCCUGUGGCUGAGCGGCGUAACGAGUCUGGAACUCUGAAACUUUUCCCCGUCUACCUCAAGGGAGAGGACCUGUUUGGAUUCACCGUCACUGCCGUCACCAGGAUCGUGGAAUCGGUAAGCGCAGAGAUGGCAAGAGAGAGUAAAAUGAAAAGUCUGAGAGAGUUGAACGUUUUAGGUGGGUGUAUAGCUAACCCAGUUUAGUUUUGAAUGUUCUUCUCCAAGGCCAUUGGUUUGGGCAAAUCGAUAGUUUUUUGUUAAAAGCGCCAAUACAAAAUAGCUUCAACUCCAUUAAGUGCUUUAAAGGAAAAGGCUUUCCACAGGCACUAAGUACUUUGAUGGAGGUUCUCCAUCAGACACACUUUUUUAGAAUCUGGCUUUUCAGUUGAUUAUGAAAGCACUUUUUCAAAUCGAAGGUUAAGUGGUGUAAGAGAUUUAUUUAAACAAUUCCCUGUAGGAAAAACAGUUCAAUAUAUCCACUUACACAUCAGAAUGGAAACCUGGAAUGUACUAUUGAGUGUUUAAAUUAAGUUUAAAACUUGAGUGCAGCUUGUAAUUAACACGUUUGGUCAUUAUAAACCCUCAUAAACCACUUUUAAAUGGAAAAAAAGAUUGUUUUUCAUUAUCUGUGCUUGUGCGUGCAUCUCCCAGCUCCCUGGAGUGGAGGCCUGUGAAAGUUACACUUUCCGUUUUGGACGCAACCCUCUAAUGGACCUUCCCUUGGCCAUCAACCCAACUGGCAGUGCCCGCUCGGAACCCAAGACCUGCACCCAUGUCAAGAGGUUGGUGUUAAGGUAUUCUGUAUGAUUUUACACUUAAGUUCCUGCCAUGUUUGUUUCGGCCACUGUUUUAAAUCUCUGGAAAACUUUGUCUUUGUUCCAUCCACAACAAGGUGUUCUCUUUUGAUCUCCCUCUCUUCUUCAAUAUCCUCUUUAUGAAUGUUUUUCUUUAGCAUCACUUCACAGAUUCCUAGUUAGAGGAAACGAGUUAUGAGGUUCCAUUGAUUUAAAUCAAUGUAACAAAAACUGCUUUCCUCCAUCACUCUUUUCUUGUGAAGUCAUCAUCCUUCAUUGUCACUUCCAUCUUGUAUGCGUCACUGUUUUAGUGCUAUAUUAACACAUCAUUCAGUUUGUUAAAUACUGCUAAUGUUAAGCAUCCUUUUUUCCUGGAAUUCUACUUUCUUAUGAAGCUAGAUGUCGGUAUCCCUGCUAGAAAGGGAUCUGAUCUUAGCCACACAAUAGCUGCUUCUCCACCCCAAUAACUAACUCCUGCUUGUUUCUCGUUUGGUGAAACUCUUAGGGCCGCUUUCCCGGAGGCCCAAAUUAAGCCUAUUACUGGACCUUAAAAUGGACCGUCUCCAUUAACAAUGCCAGUUAGGAGUGGGUGUAAUCUGGGUCCAGGAAGCCAACAUAUACAGUCCCACCCUCCAUUCACCAAUGUCAUACACAUAGAAAUAGAAUUAGGCCUACUACAAAAGUAGUACUGUAAUUCUAACUUCCUGUUGUGGAAAUGCUUCAGGGUGUCUCGUCUGUUUUGGCUCCUCCUCUUCCUGUAGAUCUCACACUUUGUCCAGCACCGGUGGCUCCUCUAAAUCCAUGCAGACGGUUGGCAACGUGGGUGUGGCGGAAGCACCAGAAGAGGUGACCCCCAAGCAGUUUGCAUCCGUCCCCUUCCAGUACCGACGCAUGAAGGCAGAGUGGAAGAGCAACGUCUACCUGGCGCGCUCCCGCAUUCAGGUGGGCACCUUUGCCACUCUGUGCUAGGGCUACAUGCGGCCUCUACACAUCACUGAUGCAGAUUCAAUAUACUUCUCUAACUUAUUAGAAACGUGUCAAGCGAUUUUGUUUUGAUGCACAUUGAUUGGGUUAUGACUGAUAUGUCAUCAUAUGAUAGCAUUCAUAGUGGUUGUUUGCUUUCAAAGUCGAGUUCAGUGUUUGAGGUGUUGACCCGCACUGUGUCUGUCCUCUGGCAGGGGUUGGGUCUGUACGCCGCCAGGGACAUUGACUCCCACACCAUGGUGAUUGAGUACAUCGGCACCCUCAUUCGCAACGAGGUCGCCAACCGGAUGGAGAAGAUGUACGAAUCCCAGGUGAGUUUAGAUAGUCAAUGCCAUAUUUUUCCGACAAGACUAGAUACACUACAUGGCCAAAAGGAUGUGGAAAGUCACUGAGCUCUUCAGUAAGACCAUUCUACUGCCAAUGUUUGUCUAUGGAGAUUGCUUGGCUGUGUGCUCGAUUUUAUACAAGUUUCAGCAACGGGUGUGGCUGAAAUAGCCGAAUCCACUAUUUAAGGGUUGUCCACAUACUCUUGGCCAUUUAUCCGGCCUCUUAAAAACAGUGUCUCCAGAAAGUAUUCACACCCCUUGACUUCUUUUCACAUUGUUGUUACACCCUGAAUGUAAAAUGGAAUAAAUACCUACACCCAAUAACGUCAAAGUGGAAUUAUGCUAUUUCUACAUUUUUUUAAAUUAUUUAAAAACGAAAAGUUUAAAUGUUUUGAGUCAAUAAUACAUUUCAUGGACUCACUCUGUGCAAUACAUGUUUAACAUGAUUUUUGAGUGACUGGCUCAUAUCUAAGGUCCCUCAGUCGAGCUGUGAAUUUAAAACACAGAUUCAACCACAAAGACCAGGGAGGUUUUCCAAUGCCUCGCAAAGAAGGGCACCUAUGGAUAGAUAAAAAAUAAUUUACAAAAGCAGAUAUUGAAUAUCACUUUGAGCAUGGUGAAUCAAUAUACCCAGUCACUACAAAGAUACAGAUGUCCUUCCUAACUCAGUAGCUAGAGAGAAAGGAAACCGCUCAGGGAUUUCACCAUAAGGCCAAUGUUGACUUAAAAACAGAGUUUAAUGGCUGUGAUAGGAGAAAACUGAGGAUGGAUCAACAAUAUUGUAGUUACAGUGCAUUCAGACCCAUUUACUUUUUCCACGUUGUUACAUUACAGCCUUAUUCCGAAAUGGAUUAAAUAGUUUUUUCCCCCCUCAAUCGACACAAUACCCCAUAAUGACAAAGCAAAAAUAGGUUUUUAGAGACUUUUGCAAAUGUAUAUAAAAUAAAACUAAACUGAUAUUACAUUUACAUAACUAUUCAGACCCUUUACUCAGUACUUUGUUGAAGCACCUUUGGCAGCAAUUACAGCCUCGAGUCUUCUUGGGUAUGACACUACAAGCUUGGUACACCUGUAUUUGGGGAGUUUCUCCCAUUCUUCUCAGAGAAAGGUUGGAUGGGGAGCGUCGCUACACAGCUAUUUUCAGGUCUCUCCAGAGAUGUUCGAACGGGUUCAAGUCCGGGCUCUGGCUGGGCCACUCAAGGACAUUCAGAGACUUGUCCCGAAGCCACUCCUGCGUUGUCUUGGCUGUGUGCUUAGGGUCGUUGUCCUGUUGGACGGUGAACCUUCGCCCCAGUCUGAGGUUCUGAGCUCUGGAGCAGGUUUUCAUCAAGGAUCUCUCUGUACUUUGCUCCGUUCAUCUUCGCCUCGAUCCUGACUAGUCUCCCAGUCCCUGCAGCUGAAAAACAUCCCCACAGCAUGAUUCUGCCACCACCAUGCUUCACCGUAGGGAUGGUGCCAGGUUUCCUCCAGACGUGACGCUUGGCAUUCAGGCCAAACAGUUCAAUCUUGGUUUCAUCAGAGCAGAGAAUCUUUUUUCUCAUGGUCUAAGAGUCCUUUAGGUGCCUUUUGGCAAACUCCAAGCGGGCUGUCAUGUGCCUUUUACUGAGGAGAGGCUUCUGUCUGGUCACUCUACCAUAAAGGCCUGAUUGGUGGAGUCCUGCAGAGAUGAAUGUCCUUCUGGAAGGUUCUCCCAUCUCCACAGAGGAACUCUGGAGCUCUGUCAGAGUGACCAUCAGGCUCUUGGUCACCUCCCCCGAUUGCUCAGUUUGGCCGGGCGGCCAGCUCUAGGAAGAGUCUUGGUGGUUCCAAACUUCUUCCAUUUAAGAAUGAUGUAGGCCACUGUGUUCUUGGGGACCUUCAAUGCUGCAGAAAUUCUUUGAUACCCUUCCCCAGAUCUGUGCCUCGACACAAUCCUGUCUGUCUCGGAGCUCUACAGACAAUUCCUUCGACCUCAUGGCUUGGUUUUUGCUCUGACAUGCACUGUCAACUGUGGGACCUUUUAUAGACAGGUAUGUGCCUUUGCAAAUCAUGUCCAAUCAAUUUAAUUUACCACAGGCGGCCUCCAAACUAAUUGUAGAAACAUCAAGGAUGAUCAAUGGAAACAGGAUGCACCUGAGCUCAAUUUCGAGUCUCAUAGCAAAGGGUCUGAAUACCUAUGUAAAUAAGGUAUUUCAGUUUAAUUUUUUAUAAAUUUGCAAAAGUUUCUAAACCUGUUUUUGCUUUGUCAUUAUGGGGUAUUGUGUGUAGAUUGAGGAUUUCUUUAGUUAAUCCAUUUUAGAAUGUGGAAAAAGGGAAGGGGUCUGAAUACUUUCCGAAUGCACUGUAUUCCACAAUACUACCCUUAUUGACAGAGUGAAAAGAAGGAAGGCUGUACAGAAUAAAAAUAUUCCAAAACAUGCAUCUAAAGUAAUUCUGCAAAAAAUGUGGCAAAGCAAUUAACUUUUUGUCCUGAAUACAAAGUGUUAUGUUUGGGGCAAAUCCAAUACAACACAUUACUGAGUACGACUCUCCAUAUUUUCAAGCAUAGUGGUGUCUGCAUCAUGUUAUGGGUAUGCUAGUAAUUGUUAAUGACUGGGGAGUUGCUUACCAAGAGAGUGAAUGUUCCUGAGUUACCGUUUACUUAAAUAUAUGGCAAGAACUGAAAAUGGUUGUCUAGCAAUGAUCACCAACCAAUUUGGCAGAGCUUGAAGAAUAAUGGGCAACUGUUGCACAAUCUAGGUGUGGAAAGCUCUUAGACUUACCCAGGAAGACUCACGGCUGUAAACGCUGCGAAAGGUGCUUCUACAAAGUAUUGACACAGGGGUGUGAAUACUUAUGUAAUUGAGAUUUCUGUAUUUCAUUUUCAAAAUAUUUUAGAAAAAUGUCUAAACAUGUUUUCACUUUGUCAUUAUGGGGUGUUGUGUGUAGAUGGGUGAGAGUCAAUUUAAUCAAUGUGGAAUAAGUCGAGGGGUAUGAAUACUUUCUGAAGGCACUUAUCUACAAGACGCCAAGAGAAGCAUGGCUAUUCUGUAUCUUACAUAUUUGAUUUGAUCUUGCUGUGCUGCAGAACCGUGGAGUCUACAUGUUCCGCCUGGACAGUGAGCAUGUCGUCGAUGCCACCAUAACCGGCGGACCAGCAAGGUAGGAGUUUCUACGUUCGGAAUACAUCAUUUGACCCCCACUUAUGUUACAUUUCAAUGCUUCGUAAAUGUGAACAAGCACAACAAGCAGAGGUCAAGCUAGUCAUGUCGCUAGCGUGUAGGAAAGUUGUUUACUCUUGGUAUCAUCCUCAGAUAUAUCAACCACUCCUGCGCCCCCAACUGCAUCGCAGAGGCCGUGAGCUUGGAGAGAGGUGAUAAGAUCGUCAUCAGCUCCUGCCGUAAUAUCCAGAGAGGAGAGGAGGUAAGAUAUUUUCCUUUCAUAAGCAAUAUUACUUAAUAUUGGGAGUAGAGACUGAAUUAAUUGCACUGUAGCUACGUCAAACAUCAAGCAUGCAUAGAUUUGUGCAAGGUUUGCACAUUUUUUUGACCUAGUUAAACUUCAUGUAGAUAGAGCUGUAUUGAACUGAUUUCUCUCUCCCUCUUAGCUGUGUUACGACUACAAAUUUGACCUGGAGGACGACCAGCAUAAGAUCCCUUGUCACUGUGGUGCGGUUAACUGCCGGAAAUGGAUGAACUAG